GCACCACGGGAAAUGUAGUUUAGAGUUAAAAACCAGCGCCUCCGCUGUCGCUACCUUGCCAGCCUUGUUGCUAUGGCUCUGAGCUCCCCUAGCAACAAGGCCUAAACAGGGCUCGGGGCCUGACUCAGGGGGCUGGGGGCAGUAUGAGCAGGGAGAGGCAGCAGCAUGGUGGACAGCCUGGUGGAAGCGGUGUCUGCGUCCCUGGUGAGGGAGUUCCUCAAUGGCAAGGUAGGCGCUGCCCUCACUCCAUUAUCUGGCAGGGUCACGUGCUUCUGGAUUGUAAGCUCUUGGGGCAAGCCAGGGCAAUUAGCUUUGCGCUCUGCCCCAGGUUCCCAUUUAUCCUUCCUUUGUGUGUUGGUCUCUCUUUUUUUUUCUUUUCAGUUUUACAUAGAAUGGUUUUAUUGUCAGAAAAUAGAAUUAGACAAUAAUUGAGUAUUUUUUUUAAAAUGUGAAAUUAAGUGAUACAGGGACCAUAAUGCAAUAAUUAUACUUUUGAAUGCCAGAUGUGUCUGUAUCACUUACAUGGUUAAAGGGGCAGUAACACUAAUUAUUUACAUUAUUUUUUGUGUCUAUUACUCGUGGAAUCGCUGUAAGGUCACUUUCUGCACAGCUUCCGCUGCCGCCAUGUUUAAAAAAAGCAAACCAUGAUUGCAAGCAUUUCGUUUCUUAGGGGUAAUUAGCCGCCCCCCAUUUCAAAUCACACAACGGAUCCUUUAACCCGUUACACAAGAAAUUUACCAGGAAAUCUAUUUCUUAAAAUAUGGAAAAGAGGAAAAGCAAAAAAAAAAAAACGCAAAUAAUAUUCCCCCAAAGUAAUGUCAAUAAAUCCAUGCUGGAUCCUGUUUCGGCCAGUAACACGGAAGAAUGUUAGAACAAAAAAAUCCAGAUUUAGAAUCCCUGUGGAACCAUCUUGUGUUUCGUCCUGUAGAAUUCUGCCCAUGAGGACACCAGCAAAUAUCCCCAAAAUUGUGAGCAAACCGUGAGCAAAAUUGUGAGCAAAUAUACACUUUCAAAUGUACGAGACGUUGUAGGCCAUUUGUAUCCAUGCACAAGCACCUUCCCAACUCUUUGUGCAUGAACAGCACAGUUGAAUGGCUGGCAAGGCUGCGUAUUAGCCCAGCACACUUAUUGCAUUACAGGCACGACCCUUCUUCCAUACUUUGAGAUCUCCGAAAUUUGGCAAAGUUAGACUGAGUAUCAUAGGAUAUGUAGUUCAGGAAUAUCUGGGCUUCACGGUUUAGCCAUUACUACUAUAUGGUGUUUAAAGCCUUUUAGUGCCCUAAAUUUUUAUUUGAAAGUAAUAAAUUGUAUAAUAUAUAUAUAUAUGUAUAUGAUUAAUUAAAAAAAUAUUUGACUUUACCGGUAAAUAUUACUGGACCCCUCCAAUUUUUCUUACACUUUAUACAUAACUUUGAAUUGCUCUGUAAUAAUUUUUCACACUUUUUUGAUUUCUACCCUGGACAAAUUAGCAUUUGGAAUGGCUGGCCAUUAAAGUUUGAGGUAUUUGAUAUAUCACUGUGCUUAUUGCCCCCUUUAAAUUUAUAAUUCACUUUAAAACUUGAAUUCUCAUGUUAGUAAAUAACCAUCUUCAACAGAAUAUUAAAAAAUGUUAUUCAGUUAUGAUCAUCUACUUGCUACAUCAGAGCCCUGUGGCUGGGGAAAGAGGAGGGCUGGUUUUAAAUAAAAAUCCGACUAAAGAUGAAUGCACGGUAAUAGCGUUUGACAUUUUCACCUUACGCAGAGAUUAAAAAGGUCUUUUGCUGUUUUGGAAGAGGAGCUACCCCGUACCACCCAGAGUAUCUCUAAUCGAAAUGAGCUGCGUCAUGCUUUACAUUUGGAUAAUCUGUACAACGAAAACAAGGUAAGCCUAAUAUAAAAUAAUUCUGAACAUUUUAAAAAUCCACGCAAAAUAUGUUUUAGGGAAUCUGGAGUGUCCCUUUCUGACUUCUUCUAGACAGAAUUGUUGGGAGACAGAAAAAUAUUCUAAGCGUUUACUCCCUCUCCCUUUGACUCCUCCACAUCUUGUUUUAGAGCCUGAAAUUAAAGCGGGUGUAUGUGGAUUUUUACUGUAAGAACGAAACCCAUUUUUAGGGUGGAACAGACAUAGUUGGUUUGCCAAUGUGUCCACUCUCACAAGUCCAUAUUUUUGCUUUUUCUUCUGCAAAAUUACUCAAGCUUGGUAGGUUUUGUGUUAGUAUACAAAUGGAAAGGUAACUCUACUCCAGAUCCUAUGAUUGUGUUUAGAAAUUAGGCCGUGUAGAUAAAAUACAAUUCUAAUUAAACUUUUUUUAAGUUUGAAUGGAGAUCAGUAGGCCAUGAAGUCAUCUGAAAUGUCCUUGAAAAGCCCCAGACCUAGGCUGCACCUCCAACCACCCUCACUCAAAUCAAAGUGUCCUUCUUUGUCCAUAUAAAAUGUUGGAAGGUAUGGCGUAUAUUUAACUUGUACCACUGCUGGAAAAUCUAAUAGCAUAAUGUAUAGAUAAAGUGUGUAUUGCUACCUGAAGCUGACUUGUGUGGAAGAAAAAUCCAGUUUGUAAAGCACAUUCUAAGCAGAUAUAGCUAUGUUUAUUGCAAUGCAACGGUGCAACGCACUCCCCUGUCAUAGUGUCCUUGCACACAGUUGAUCAUAACGUGGCACAUAGCCACGUGCCUGAUACUUCAGUGGCUGAUGUCAGAGGCAGACUUUUUCUUUUCUCCUUUCACGUUCAUCUUUCACGUUCAAAUCAAACUUUUAUGUACAGCCUAGAAGUCUCUACCUACCUUCUCUAUCUCUCUGAAAGGUAAGUAUAUGUUUUUAUUUGUGUUUUAUCCAUAUAUUUGUAAUGAGUUAUCUGUGUAAUGGUUUGAAAAAGGAGUCACAUAUCUCUUGGAUUAUGCCUUUAAUCAUUGGAGACAUUUGAAUGCUUCUAGGAAUUGCUUGCACACAAUGCUACAGUUUUAUCAGACCAUAUUCAUUCAUGCAAAGUGUGAUGUUGAGAAAAAAAAAGGUAGCAAGAGCUUGAAUUUCUACAAUAGUGUCUUUAACCCCUUAAGGACACAUGUGUGACAUGUCAUGAUUCCCUUUUAUUCCAGAAGUUUGGUCCUUAAGGGGUUAAACAGAAUUUAAAGGUUUAAUUGUUAGAGAAAUGCAUUUUAUCAUUAUUAUUUUAUUUCUGCUUUUUUUUUUUUACAGUUGAAAGGAAAACCUUUUAAAACAUUGCUGGAGAUUAUAACAAGCUAUUUUCUGGAACAGUUUGGAAAAGCACAACCAGCAGGACAUACUGUAUACCAAAAUCCAGACAUUGCUAAAAUGUUUAUCAAGGGACGUCAGCCGCGAGAGUCAGAGAGCUCCCAGCUAAACAUAUGUGAUAUUUCAGAUGAUGAAAACGGCAGCAGCACGGCAGUCUCUGACACCAGUAAAACUGAGAUCUACAGGUAGUUUUUAUUGGUUAUUUGCACCUAGAGUCUACAUGGCUUGAGCUGAUGUGAUAGCUCCUUCAAUAGGAUUCUGUCUACAAUAUCUCAGUCACAACUCUUUCAUCCAUUCAUGUUUGUUAAAGUGGCACUGUCAUAGCCCCAACUGUUUGUUUUUAACACCCCUAUCUGACUCCUCUCAAUUUUAUUGUCCCCUUAGUCACCCCAGAAUGCCUCUAGGUCCCUUUUUUUUACCUAUUUUUUUUUCUUGUCGGGAUCUAUGUCCUAGCCACCGCCAUCUUAGUUUUCACUGGAUAACGUGUAUCGCAGGGCCUUCAUCUACCCACACUAGCUUACGCUCUGAAAUUUGCACGCAUGCCCAGUUGUACACUUUGGCAUUAAACUAAACAGGGGACCUUGUGUCCCACCCAGCCCCCACCCAUUGCUGGCAGGUGGGGCCCUAAGUAAUACAUGGGGGGAAUCUAUUGUUCCCCCCCCCCCAACCUUCCCUUAUUAUUACUUAAGGCCCCCAUCCGCUGGCAAUGGGUAGGGGCUGAGGGGGAGCAAUAGAUCCCCAGUUUAGUUUAUUAGCACUCACUGGCGGGACAUUUGCGGGGGCUGGCUUGGGGCACUGUUCCUUAAUUAUUUUAAUGGGUGCCCCACCAUGGGGGCAUGGUGGGCCUAUACCAGGUCCCCCUUUAUUAUAUUUGGGUGUGUGUGUCUUUUUUUACAUCAGCUACUGGCUGCUCACUGUUUAGUAGACUUGCCUCUACUUGCAGCACAGCGAGAGGGUGCAGGAGGAGGGGGGGGAUUUCUAACCUCCUUUAUUGAUUUACUUAGUAUUAGUUUGUCUUAAAGACCAAUUUUGGUCUGUCAGCUUUUUUAGUAGAUAGCUUCAUAAUACUGUGGGGAUUAGGGGUUAUCUGCUAAACAGCUGCAAGAUACAGUGAUGACCCGGAAUGGGAUUUAAUUUUUCCGAAGACAAAUGGACAAACUGUUGACAUUCUGUUUGGCCGAAAUUCGGUCAAUUCUCCGGUGCCCUAGUCUAUGGGACAGGCGGAUUGAGAACACGAAGGAGGGUGAGUAUUGUGGGAAAACAUUCUCUGACACAGGAAGUUCAAUGAACUUAAGCUCCUCCUUUUGUCAGAGAAAGUCAAGUGUAGGACAAAGAAAACUAAAUCAGAAAUGAAGAAAAGAAGAACAGAUUCUGAAAGAGGAAGAGAAAAGUAAGCAACUGGGAAAAUGUUCGGCAUGACAGUGAUAGAUUGUGAGUAAACCCUGUUGGUAUAAACUUUCUACCAAGUGUGUUGUGCAUUCCAAAUGUGGAAAGUCUAAAGUUUUGUAAAGUGAAUUAGUGUAGCUGGAUGUAAUUUGUGUGUAAGUUAGGUACAAUAUUCUAAUGUUCUUGUCAAAUGUUUUUUAUUGAGUAUUUCCAAAGUUGUUAUUAUUAUUAUUAUGUUCUUUAUAUAGCGCCAUCAAAUUCCGCAGCGCUUUAGGGUGGAUGAACAGACAUGUAGUUGUAACCAGACAAGUUGAACACACAGAAACAGAGGGGUUGAGGGCCCUGCUCAGUGAGCUUACAUGCUAGAGGGAGUGGGGUAAAAUGACACAAAAAAGGUAAGGAUAGUAUUAGACUAAUGACAGUUGCAGAAGAGGGAUCAGUCGGGAGCUAUUAACAGUUUAAUUGAUACGCUUUUAUGAAGAAGUAGGUUUUUAACGAUUUUUUUAAGGAGUGGAGACUGGGUGAGCAUCUAACGGAGGAGGGAAGCGAGUUCCACAGGAACUGUGCAGCCCUCAAGAAAUCUAAAAAAAACAUGUCGCCUCAGAGGGGAUAUGAUAACAUUAUACAAAUAUAUUUGUGGCCAGUAAAAACCAUUGUGUGGAAAUCUAUUCACAAACAUAGGACACAAGGUCAUGCGUUUAGACUGGAAGAAACAAGAUUUAGUCAAAGGCAAAGGAAAGAUUUUUUUACAGCAAGAACAAUAAGGAUAUGGAAUUCUCUGUCUGUAGAAGUGGUUUUAUCAGAGUCCGUACAGAUGUUUAAACAGCAACUAGAUGCAUUCUUGCAAAAACAGAAUAUUCAAGGAUAUAAUUUUUCAAUGUAGGGUAAUAUCUUUUUGAUCCAAGGAUUAAUCUGCCUGCCAUUCUGGGGCCAAGAGGGAAUUUUUUUUACUAGUUUGUUACAAAAUUGGAAUUGCUUCAAACUGGGUUUUUUCUUGCCUUCUUUUGGAUCAACAGCAAAAACAAAUGUGAAGAAGGCUGAACGUGAUGGACACGUGUCUCUUUUCAGCCUUUUAAGCUCCCUUGGUAAACUCAUUAGCUUCUUUGGCUUCCAAUAUCAUUUCUAUGCAGAUAACACAGAAAUCUACCUGUCCUCUCCUGAUCUCUCCCCGUGCCUCUUGACUAGUGUCUCUGACUGCCUCUCUGCUGUUUCUAACUGGAUGGCUGCCUACUUCCUUAAACUAAACUUGACCAAAACUGAAAUUCUGGUCUUUCCUCCCUCAAGUGUUGUUACUCCUGUGUCCUGCUACCAUCAGCUCCACCACGCAGGCUCGCUGCCUAGGUGUUCUCUUUGACUCCGACCUCUCCUUCAAGCCUCAUGUUCAAUCUAUCGCCAAAUCCUGUCAUUUCCAUCUAAAAAACAUUGCGCGCAUCCGCCCCUACUUAACGCCAGAUGCGACUAAGGUGUUGGUCCAUUCCACUGUCCUUUCUCACCUUGACUACUGUAAUCCUCUUCUCAGUGGUCUUACGUGCUCCCAACUAGCGCCGUUACAGUCCAUAAUGAAUGCGGCGGCAAGGCUCAUCUUCCUGUCCGCCCGCACCUCCCAUGCCUCAUCCUUCUGGCUUCCUAUAAAAUAUAGAGCUCAAUUUAAAAUUCUGGUUCUUGCUUUUAAAUCACUACAUAAUGCUGCUCCCACCUAUCUAUCCUCCCUUAUAGACAAGUAUGUCCUGUCUAGGCCCUUACGAUCUGCUGAAGAUCUAGGCCCUUACGAUCUGUCCGUACUCCCACCUCUGAUGCUCGCCUUCAAGAUUUCUCGAGGGCUGCACCGUUCCUGUGGAACUCGCUUCCCUCCUCCGUUAGAUGCUUAGCCAGUCUCCAUUCCUUCAAAAAAUCGUUAAAAACCCACUUCUUCAUAAAAGCGUAUCACUUAAACUGUUAAUAGCUCCUGACUAAUUCCUCUUCUGCAACUGUCAUUAGUCUAAUACUAUCCUUACCUUUUUGUGUCAUUUUAUCUCACUCCCUCUAGCAUGUAAGCUCAUUGAGCAGGGCCCUCAACCCCUCUGUUCCUGUGUGUCCAACUUGUCUGGUUACAACUACAUGUCUGUUCGUCCACCCAUGGUAAAGCGCUGCGGAAUUUGACGGCGCUCUAUAAAUAUCAUAAUAAUAAAUAUGUAACUAUGUGUCAUAGUAUGUUCUAAUGUUCCAACUGACAUUUUCCAGGCUUUUAAUGUGAGAUCACGUGUAAUUACUGUUUAAUUUCAUAAAAGUGUACAGAGUUGACACUGGUGAAUUUGGUGGUGAAUUCCUGGUGCUCUUGUUUCUAUGUUUUAAAUUCCAAUAAAAAAAAAUAGAGAUAGGGAAAAAAAAACAAUGUAAAGAGAAUGUCAUGUGUGACUUAUAUUUAGAUCACACCUGCACAGAAAGCAAUGCAUUUUCAACAAUAUACAAAAACCCUGUUAGAGUUCUGUUUGUUGCAGCAUGAUUCAGCCGUCUUUGCACAGUUUUUCUACGGUGAUCUCUCCUGUACUCAGUUCUCUGCCCCGGACUUUUAACUUUAAAUCACUGGUGCUUUAGGAAUGAAUGUUAAUGAUAAAAUAAAUCUUCCUCCAGUCCAGAGCCAUAAAAAAUGUUCGAUAGCGAGUUAAUCAUGGAAUUUAUUCACUAUGCUGGUAACUAAAGAAUUGGCAAAUAAAUUGCAAAUAAUAUAAAUUAUUUACAGUUCAGCUGUUUUGGCAUAAAAUUUGAAUUUCCUCUUCAGUUCUGCUUAAUUACCUGUUUAGUGACUAUACAUCACAUAAUAUGUAGAAAUUGUUGCUUUGUAAUGUUGAAGAAAAAAAUAAAUCAACCAUUAAUAAUACUGACCACAUGGUGGCGCACUAAUUUGCUGCUUCAGAUUCUAAAAGUGAUACAUAUAGCAUUUUUGAGAAUAAUUCUAUUUUGAAGAAUUUUCUUCUUCUUACAGGAGAGGAGCUGAUGUGACUGUUUCUAAAAGAGAUCAUAUGAGCAAGAAGUCUGAAAUCCUCAGCAAAAGCAGGAACCUGUCUUCUGAACCGGAGAUAAAGCAUGCAAAAGAAUGUAAAAAGGAGUUGUCAAAAAUGUCUGAGCCCACUUUGGAGGAAACAAAUUCGACAUUAGAAGCUCUGAGACCGAAAUCAAGCAGAAUAAUGCGAGGAAUGAUGUCUGGACCAAUUGCCAGCUCUCAAGAGGUUAAAAUAGAUAUAAUAAGUAUAGUAAAAGAUCUGUCUGUCUAUCUAUCUCUAUGAGGAGAUACUGAUUGGCCAGUGGGGUAUUUUGGCGCGCAUGUGCAAUAGCCUCCCAAUGCUUUCUUAUGAGAAAGCAUUGGAUUGGCUGAGAACAUCAAGCCAGCUGCGAUGAGACUUGUGCCGAAUGGGAAAAACCGUAAGUUUAAACACCUUUUCAGAGCAAUCUAAUGGUGGUCGGGGAUCUAAGUACUUAUUUUUACACUAAAGUGUCAGGAAUACAUAUUUGUGUUCCAGACAAUAUAGUGUUCCUUUAAGAUCUAUGUCUUCAUAAAAAAGUGCCUCUAUAGGCUGUUAGGCAUGUUAUUGGCAAAUUGCAAACAGAAACAGUUUGUACAUUGCUAGACAAAAACACAGUUUCGAUGCACUACAAAAAAAUCUACAUUAAAAUGUAUUGUUUUUUUGUGUGUAAAGUGUCUCUUAGCAAAGUCACAAGUUAGUCACUCAGAGUACACAUGAGCACUGAGUUCUAAAGCUGUAACAACAAUUCCUGUAAGUACAGCAGACAGACUUGUACAGUGCGUGAAUGAGCAGGCCAAGAACAUGUAUAGGUGAAGAGAGGGGAUUUCUCUCCAGGGAUAUAGGAGACUAUGGGGUGGGGUUUGAGUACUUGAAAGCUGUUGCAUGUAAAAGAAUGGGACUUCAACCAUAGUGUCACAGAGCCAUAGCCAUUAUAGAAGCUAUAGUGGUUGUAGUUUUUGGAUACUAUCAUAUUAAACAUAAAUAUAAUUACUUUUACAUUGGAUUUAAAUUAUGUCUCCCAUUAUGAAAUUAUUAACCCUGGUGAUCUCUGCUCCAAUCCAGUGCUUGUCAUAGAGAAGCAUGGAAUCCAAUAGUUCUCUUGAGAAAGAGCAUUAGUCAUGUUUGAUCUUAUUUUCCUGUGUGGCUGUUUUACUAGAACAAUAUAAUGUGUGUAGAAUUAUUUAUUGUAAUUUACACAUUUUCCCACUUUGAUAGUACCACCAUAAUCUUCCCAGCACAAACAUGGACGGCAUCAUUAAUGCACAAUCAAACAUACAGUGAGAAAACUGGCACAAAUAAACACAGGUUAACCGGAUUGCUUUACCCAUCCCAAUCUCAGAGAUAAUGUAUCUAGCCGUUUGUGGUUCUUUUUAGUGGACAAUAUAGAUUCUGUGUAGCAUAUUAUUUACAUACAACCACGGCUUUUAAAAAAAAACAACAACCACAAAACAAACAGAAUACAAAGAAAAAAACACACGUUAAUUAAGACAUCAUGGUCCAUGCAGCUACAUUCAUGGGAAAAAAGAAAGCACUCCCUCUUAGAGUUCUAUGGUUUUAUCAGGACAUACCAAUCAUCUGCUCCUUAGGAGGUCUUACAAUAAGGUAAAUCCAACCUCAGAUGAACAACAACACAUGACAUAUUACAGCAGCCAUGUGUGAAAAACUAAGUACACCUUAUGAUUUAAUAGCUUGUAGAACUACCUUUAGCGGCAAUAACUUGAAGUAAUCGUUUUCUGUAUGACUUUAUGUCUCUCACAUCGUUGUGGAGGAAUUUUGGACCGCUCUUCUUUACAACAUUGCUUCAGUUCAUUGAGGUUUGCUGGCAUUUGUUUAAACACAGCUCUCUUUUUUUUUUUUUUUAUUCUUUAUUUUUGGUUCGACACAUAUUACGGCAUUGCAGUAUACAGUGGCUCGCGCAGGGGCUAAUAGUGAUUGAGGCUAACAUUGCAUAAUACAGAAGAUAAGCGGUUUUACAAGUUAAAUCAAGGUUCUAUUGUGCCGUGCAGUGUCGCUGUUUCUGUUUUGGUGGGCAGUACCUGUCCACACAUAAAAGAUAAAAUAUAACACUUAACAAAACUCAACAAUGCUAGACAGUUCAUAACUAAUUAGAGCUACCUAAGGUAAGAGUCUCCGAUAUAAGUAAACACAGCUCUCUUAAAGUCCCACCACAGCAUUUCAAUUGUGUUGCUGUCUGGACUUUGACUGGGCCAUUACAACACCUUGAUUGUUUUCUUUUUCAGCCAUUUUCUUGUAGAUUUGCUUGUGUGCUUGGGAUCAUUGUCCUGUGGUAUGACCCAAUUUAGGCCAAGCUUUAAUUUUGACUCUAGAAUACUUUGCUAAUGAUGAGUUCAUGGUCGACUCAAUGACUGCAUAGUUUCCUGGUCUUGUGGAUGCAAAUAAUGGCAAAAUCAUCACCCCUCCACCACCUUGCUUGAAAGUUGGCAUGAUGUGUUUGUGCUGAUAUGCUGUGUUUGGUUUUAGACAAAUGUAGCACUGUGCUUUUUGGCCAAACAUCUCUACUUUGGCCUUGUCUGUUUAAAGGACAUUAUUCUAGAAGUCUUAUGGUUUGUUCAGAUGCAGCUUUGCAAACCUAAGCCAUGCUGCCAUGUUCAUUUUAGAGAGAAGAUGCUUUCUCCUGACAACCCUUCCAAACAAGCCAUAAUUGUUCAUUCUUUUUCUUAUUGUCAUGAACUUUAACAUUUAACAUGCUAACUGAGGCCUGUAGAGUCUGAGAUGUAACUCUUGGGUUAUUUACAAUUUCUCUGAGCAUUGCAUGGUGUGACCUUGGGGUGAAUUUAAUGGUACGUCAACUCCUGCAAAGAUUGGCAACUGUCUUAAUGUUUUCUACUUUUAAAUAAUCUUUCUCACUACAGAAUGAUAUACUUUGAAUUGUUUGGAAAUUGCCUUAUAAUCCUUCCCAGUUUGAGGGGCAGUAACAAUUUCUUCUGUAAGAUCAUUUUUUAUGUCUUUCCUCCUUGGCAUUGCGUUAACACACACACCUGAAUUGUCCUGACUAGCAAACUAAUUAACUUUGUCUUUUAUAGAGGUGGUCACACUUGCUGAAGAUCAAAUAUUAAUCAAGUGCAUUUGACUAGCAGCACCAGUCUGCUACUUAGUCUUUUAAUUCCUAUAGAAGCAGUAAGGGUUUACUUAAUUUUUCACACAUAGCUUCUCCAUGUUGGCUUUAUAUCUAUUAAAUAAAUCAUGACAUGGUGUAAUAUGUCAUGUGUUGUUAUUCAUUUGAGGUUGUAUUUACCUAAUUUUAAAACCUGCUAAGGAACAGAUGAUUGUCCUGAUAUGUAAAACCAUAGAAUUCCAAGAGGGUUUACAUUCUUUUGCCAUGAUUGUAUAUCUUUUGCUGUUAUGGCUCUGUACUCAGAUCUGUAACAGUGUUGUAUGUGUGCACUUUAUCUUGUUUUGUUUGGGAAUAUUUAUCUAAAAAUUAAAGCUUGAAGUUAGAUAUUUGUGUUACUUUUGUGGAAAUUUUUUCUACAAAUAGCUUGAAUUUUUUUUACAUUACAUUCCUCUCUUUUUUAGGAUUCUUUAAAGAAAAAAGGGCGACUGAGGUCUGCAUCAGUUACUACCUCAAUUCAAACCAAAAAUGAUGUACAAGUGUCCGAUCUGUUUGGGAGGACCGUGGAACCCAGCAUCGGUUCUGCAAACACAGCUCUGCAGCUUGGGAAAGAGUUCACAGCCAAGGUGCUUUUAACAUCAGUAACAUCUCCGAGUACCAGUACAGUGAGUGACACGUUGGUCACUUCCAAGAACCCAUUUUCUAAGCAGGAAAGACAGUGUAACGGUGAGAUCCGGACAGAACACAGACUGGGUACUUUUGGGAAGGAUGACUUUAAAACCCCACCCAACGCAAACAGUGAUAGGCAGCCGCAAUUUACAAAAAAGAAGGAAAAUGACAAGAUUUCACACAGGUUAGUUUUUAAUACACUAUGAAAACAAAAUUAAAACCUUAUGUUGAAAAUAUUUUUAUCUUAAAUUAAUUUUUUGAGUACCAGAUGGCAACACCCUCAGUAAAUUCCCUUCCACCUUUCACUAAAAUGACAUACCCCCCUGAUAAAAGCUGUGUGUUGUAGAUAUAUAGUGACAUAGGAGAGUGAAAGGGAUGCUCCAAACACCAUAACAACCUAAGCUUAUUGCAUACAUGGUCACAUACAUAGCUUCAUAAAAAAUGAAUGGCACAAUCAUUCAUAUACUGAUUCUAGUUGUACAAACAAGUAAGCACAACAGCUUCUGCCUGUCUUGUGUCCGAGUGAGCAGAUUCUGAUGCAGAUUGCUGUCAUGGUUUUGGUGCAUGGAUGCUGUCCUUUUUGUCAGGGAAUGUAAAACAUUGCCGUCUCUGUAUUUACGUUUGUGUGAGAACACACAAUUAGUGUCUGUCAGACUGAUAGCUACCUUCCUUUUUACGACCUUCGAAAAUUAAAGGUCUCCAUGUUUGGUGCCAUCCCGCACAGCUUGAUGAUGCCAAAUGCGUUCAUUGCUUCUCAUUGAAAGCAUCAUACUGAUGGAGCACAAUGAUUGUGUUACAUAUAGAAAUUGUAUUGGGCCUAGACAGGGCGGGCACAAGACAUUGUGCUGCCUGGAUCCAAGUAUGAAAUGCUGCCUCUCCCGCCCCCAAAAAAACCCCAGCAAAAAAACAACAUAUAUGACUCUGGUAGUGUCUCUAUGUGGGUGAGCUGGGGAUGAAGUGUGUGUCUGUGUGUGUGCUGGGGAUGUAGUGUGUGUCUGUGUGUGUGCCGGGGAUGUAGUAUAUGUCUGUGUGUGCUGGGGAUGUAGCGUGUGUCUGUGUGUAUGCUGGGGAUGUAGUGUGUCUGUGUGUCUGCUGGGGUUGUAGUAUGUGGCUGUGUGCGUGCCGGAGAUGUAGUAUAUGUCUGUGAGUGCUGGGGAUGUAGCGUGUGUCUGUGUGUAUGCUGGGGAUGUAGCUUGUGUCUCUGUGUGCACUGCAGCCAAUACACUUAACUUUACACUUUGUCUGUGUAUAUGCAUGUGUGUCAGUGUUUGUAUCUGUGUGUCUGUAUCUGUAUGUGUGUCAGUGAUUGUGUGUCUGUAUAUCUGCAUGUGUAUCAGUGUGUCUGUGCAACUGUAUGUGUGUCAGUAUAUGUAUCAAAAACUGACACUGAUAUGCCUGCAGAUACACAGACAUACAGACACUGACACAUACAGAUACACACCCUGCCACACAUGCAGAUACGCAGACAUAAAGAUACACACACUACACACACAGAUACACAUUACACACAUACAGUAUACACAAACUACACACUACAUACAGACACACACUACACAUACACAUAUACACACUACACACACAAACACACACACACACAAUAUACACAUACACAGACAAACAUACAAACACACAUAUACCCACACUACAUACAGAUACACACACUACACAGAAUCACAUACAUACACACACACACUACACACAGAUACACACACUACACAUAAACAGAUACACACAUUACACUUAUACAAAAAGAUACACACCUUACAUACACAGAUACACACACAUUACACUCAAACAAACAUACACACAUUACACAUAUACAAACACACAGGUACCCACACUACAUACAGAUACACAUACAUACAUACAAACACACACAGAUACCCACACUACAUACAGAUACACACACACACACACUCAUACAAACAGAUACACACAAACACACACACACAGAUACUCACACUACAUACAGAUACACACACACACACACACACACUCAUGCAAACAGAUACACACAAACACACACACACAUUAAAAAAAUUAAGCCACCCUUCUGCUGGCUGUGGCUGGUGGGAGUUGGCGGCCUGCUCUGUCAGGCACGGUCUCUGGAUGGGCCGGCUCUGGGUUUAGAUCAUCAAGGAUGAUAAUCUCAAAGGAGACAGAGUAGCUGCAGCAAGAAGACGUUUCCAAUUCAGAAUUAUAGGUAAAAUGUUUUUCCCCCUGGUUUUUAUGAUUUUCUAAGGGUGCAAUAAUCUAAAGGAACACUCUGAGGUUAAACAUACAUAUGUUUAUAUUAACAAUUCAAUUCGGCUAGAAGUACGCAUAAGGCUUCAAGCAAAUGUAACAUUUAUAAACUGCUGAUGAAGCUAAAAAUAAAAAGUACAACGUUCAUGGAUCUGAAUACCACCAACUGAAAACUGAUGGUUUAUAUUGAACGCUGCUAAUGUGCUAUAUUAUAAAGGAUCAGCAGGUGGCAGCACUUACUAAGGAUUUGAAAUAUAAUGUGCUUUGGGUCCAAACAACUAUUUAACACAAUUAGCAAUGUUCACACUUCAGGCAAUCUGGCUGUUUAUCUGCAGAUCCUAAAUUUUCCUUUUUGGAGUUUAUUGACAUUUUUUGUGUGAACACAUUGUGUGCUAACUAGCUUGGCACAGCUACCAGUGUGUUAUUCUGAUAAACAUUGUAUUGUUUGUUUUAGUACUGUUCAAAGCUAGCUUUGUAGAUGAGGUCCUGGGAUGUCCCUGAUUGCAGGACUCAGCAUAGUAGCAGGCUCUCUAUUUGUGAACUAAGUAUGAAAAAACAUGUUUUAUUAUAAUAAUCCUUUAACCGAGUAUUAAAAGGAAAUCGUUUUUUUUUUUUUUUUUUAAACAAAGUAUAUGUAAAAAAAAAGAGAAAACUCAUCUGUACCUUUAGUGUAUGGCAGAAUCCUUCAUCCAUACAUGCACCUUGGGUCAGACAGUGUUUGAAAACCGACAGUCUCUAUGGUCUUUCCUGCUUCACUCUCUGCACAGAAACUGGGAAGAUCAUAGAGACUAACUGUCGUGAAGAGGAAAGUAGCGGUGGAUCAGCAGCGCAAAUUUAGCAUGUAUGCACCUAAACCAAAAAGAAGUUAAUUGGCAGCGCAAUGGAGAUCAGCUGAACCCAGCGGUCUCCAAGGGAGCCCAAAUAGAGGGGGGUAGGCUAUGUGUGCCUGCAUUUUCUUGAGAGGGAGGUCUCAUGGUAUAGAACCACUAAGGAGGGGUCAGUUGAGCUAAAAAUAAAGAAUAUGAGAUAAUAAAAUCAAGCUAACAAACUAUCCUAAGGCUGUGAGAACAGGAAAAAAUAACGGAGAUCAGGGGCUACUGGGUUCCUCUUAUACCUGUAUCUUAAUUGGUUUAAUUGAUGUUUCUGUCCAAUUGGUUGAAGGGAGGAGCUAACCCAUUAGUUAAAUGUUGUCAUGAUUAGCCAGGAAUAGUAGAGAGGACUUUUUUUUUCUCAUUUUUUUUAAAGAUAGUUCAUUAAAAAAAUUAUAUUUAAUUUCAAAAUCUAUUGAAAAGUUAAUUAUGUUAAAAUAGUUUUGAUGUGACAAAUGUCCUUUAAGUGCUUUCAAGGUACAGUUGUAUUAACUGUUAAUCUACAAUUACAAAUAUAGGUGUUUAUUCAUUAAACAGUGGGUCACAGAGAGUUAAAACGACACUCCAUACCCCUAGAAUAAUAUAGCUUGUUGAAGUGCUUUAUGUCUGAAUACUGUUUCCUCUUUUUUUCAUUUUUCGAAAAGUGCAAAUUUUAAUAGAAAUUACAAUUUUUCUAAAUUAAAUUGGGAAGUCUGUGAUUGGACAGCCACAAGUCUGUAGCUUGAGAGAUCUGCAUCUUUUGCAAAGAUGUUUUUAGAUAUCCCCCAUAUAGCAGUAGUAUAUCCUCUUUAGUAAUCUAUCUGCAGAAUGCACACCAGAAUCGCUAUAUUGAUUGAACUGGAGACGUUGGAUAACAUUUUGCAGCAUGUUGUUCAAUUCAUUACUGCUCGCUGCCCUUAUGCCUGUCAUUCCAACCAUAACUUUAUUGGGAACAAAAUAUAAUCUCAGGACAUACCCGAAAACAAGAGAAAUCUCAUUGUAAAAACAUUUUUUUGAUAAAUAAACAAAUAAACAUGGAUGUUAAGAUUGGCCAAUUGCUAACAAAUGUAUAGGUGAAAAGUUAUUGUAAUAUAUUUUGUUUAGGGUUCUACUGGCGGGAGAUACAGACUACAACUAUGGAUGCAGCCACUCGUUUAUACUGUGAAUUAGUGGCAUCCCACGCCUUACUGUGUGUAUAGGCUGGCUGAUAGGUGCAUUUUAAAUCACAAUUUUAUUCAUUUCAACAGGAAAAUGUGAAUUUCAGAAGCUGAUCUGUGUUAUUGGUUUGCAAACAUUCACUGUCAGAUCCAAUAUAUGUACGUGUACUAUGAGUAUUAGGUAAACUAAAACAUAAUGGAAAAAUCGUAGCCCCGGGGGAUAAGGAGUUCAGCUAAUUCACUCUUUGUACAGCUUUCCUGUGCUUUACCAUGUUGGAUUUCUUUUAAUUUCAUUGAGGACUGAUCUGGUUUAUUAGAUAAUUUAUUUGUGUGAUUAUUUCACUCAUUUAAAUGCAUACCUGACUGCUCAUAUAAUUUGCAGUUACCAUGAGAGGGGGGCAGGUGUAAUCAGGAUAUGAUUGGUACAGUUUCCAUAUACUUCAUUAUGACAGUUGUAAUUGUGAUAAAUCUGAUUUGGCACCUGGACUCUUGUGUUGCUUUUUGAAUGAAGUGUUGCACUGUAGCCCACAGAGCAGAGGAUGUUGAGUUUUUGCAAUAGGUGGUCCUCCUUGUAGAGUUUCACAAUUAUCUAUCAUUAUGCAAAACAUUGUACUGGGUGAUCAUGAAUUAAAUACAAAGAAAAUAUAAAUCACUGUUUAGUAAGUAUCCUCCCCCCACCCAGUGAAAACUUACAUGCAUUUAAUUCUGCAUUUUGUCGUUGGCGGUAUAUCAAAAAACAGGUUGCAAUAGUUGCAGGCAAAUCUUUUGUCUACAGCCUUUGCACGCCCUUCCCUUUUUAACCCCCCCAGGCUUUUUGUGGCUGUCCAAUCACAGACUUCCCAAUGCAGCUUAAUGAGAAGUCUUGAGUUUACUUCCGCUAACCUAAACAAACCAGGAAGUAACAGGACUGGUUAUCUGAUUGACAGCCAGGUGGUGUAACAAGAUUAAUUUAUAAAAGUGCCAAAUUCUAUUAAAAUCUGCACCUUUUCUAAAUUGAAAAAAGAGGGCACACUCUACACACAUAUAGAGUACAAAUAAGCCCUGUUACACGAAUAUAACUUAGCAAAAUUGAUAACAGAACAUAUAAAUACACAUAACCACUAUACCCACAAUUUCCACUUCCUAAAUCUCUUUAGUUUAGAAAAACAGCGCCUCAGAGGGGAUAUCAUAACAUUAUACAAAUAUAUUCGAGGCCAGUACAAACCAUUAUCUGGAACACUAUUAAUAAACAGGGCUAUAGGUCACGCAUUUAGGCUGGAAGAAAGGAGAUUUCAUCUAAGGCAAAGAAAGGUUUUUUUUUACAGUAAGAGCAAUAAGGAUAUGGAAUUCUCUGCCUAAAGAGGUGGUUUUAUCAGAGUCCAUACAGAUGUUUAAACAGCAAUUGGAUAAAUACUUGCAAGAACAUAACAUACAGGGAUAUCAUUUCUAAUUAGUGGGGUAAUAGCUGAUUGAUCCAAGGAGAUAUCUGCCUGCUAUUUUGGGGUCAAGAAGAAUUUUUUUCCUAGUUUGUUGCAAAAUUGGAAGCGCUUCAGACUAGGUUUUUUGCCUUGUUUUGGAUCAACAGCAAAAAACAUAUGUUAGGAAGGGUGAACUUGAUGGACACAAGUCUCUUUUCAGCUAUGUAACUUUUGUUCAUGCAAAUCUGUUUCUUUUCUUUUUUUUUAAUAGCAAUAACUUUCUUUGUAGUUUAAUUUACAUACAUUGCCAGAUGCAUUAUGUACGGCACUGUUGGAGAAACGUCUCAACAUGUGCUUGGAUAGAUUUUCUCUGCAAAUGCCUUAGAGCGUAUUAAAUAUUCCCCCACAACAUGGAAGUGCAGUGGAGAUAAGUACGUUUUUUACUUACCUGUUCUGUUUUAUUUACCUCAGUAAUAAUCAUUGCAAUACCUCGAGUAACGAGUAACUGCCACUUCUUUGGAAUUGACCGUUCUGCAUUAAAGGAAUACACUGACAUCAAUAUCAGUGUGAAACAUAACAGAGUAAUGCCGCACAUCACCUACUCACUACUGUGGUGCAUUCGCAAAGCCCCCAAAGUGACAUCCUAGCAUAGCGAUCUCAAGAUCUUGUUAUUAAUGAUGAUGACAAAAGUGAAGCCGGUUUUAUUAGCUUCACACUGCCGCUAGUGGUAUGAAGGAAGAGUGGGGGCAUCAUUCCCUGAGCUCACUCGGGUACAUAGGAAAUCUCAGGCAAAGGUUCCACUCUCCACUAGCCACUGCUGAGUGAAAAACCUGCCAAGUAGAAGUCCAUCCCUGGUUAGUAUGCCAUGGACCUUUUCAGUGGCCAGUAAUUUUAGUGCUAGAGUUUACACACUGUUUUUUAUAUUUAUUUAUUUUAACUGUUUAUAUUAAAGAGCUAGUGUGGUGGGGUCCUUGCAAUAAACAAAUAAAUAAUGCAUUGGCUCUACACACGAGAGUGCCAUUUUAAUGGGUUAUUUACUUUGGUUGUAAUUCAUGGCAGUGAUUUGGUGGCCUCACUCAAUUAGGAGGUUGAUCACUUUUGUGAAUUAUAUCGGAAUUUCUUGUAAAUCAAAAUUUCAUUUUUUUCUCCACUGAAUUUCUUCACAUUAUCCCACUGAAUUUACCCAAAUCUGCUACAAUCCUUGACGUUAGUGAGUUCUUCUACCCCCUAUCGUCAACAGAGUUGAUGGAAAUUUACUGAAAGAUCCAAAUUGAAAACAUAUUCUAACUUUUUUUCCCCAGUUCUGCUCCAAUUCCCUUUGAAUUCCUGGCCAUUCGCACUGUGAUAGUCACCCAUUCUUCUUUGUGGAUUCACAAAGCUGCCAAGGCAGUGGAGGGUGCAUUUUAGAGACAGGUGGUUGCCUUAGUAAAGGCUUCCAAUACACAGACUUUAUCCCUCAACAUUCGUUACAUUAAUGGAGCAUGUAUGUAUAUAGCAGAGGUGGCCAAAAGCCUUUAGUUUGCCAAAGCAUCAUGGGAAUUGUAGUUUUAUGACAGCUGGGCAGCUUCCCAUCAUUAUAUUGGUUAUGUAAGCUUGCAAUCACUGUGAGAUAUCCUAUCUCCCCCAGCGAUGUAUGUUGGGUGGGUUUUAUUUGCAUUUUACCCUGAAGGAUUUCUCCUUUGUUAUCUCAGGGGAGCUUUAUACAAUUAAGGGAAGGGGUCUGUAAGAAUAUUCUUUAAAUAACUCAGGUGGACCAUCCAUUGAGAAUAAUGAAGAAUUCGGGAAUUUACUACUUCCUACGAAUGUGCCAGCUUCACAUCCUCGAAGCCCGCAUCCCUCGUACAUGUGUUUCCAUGUAAUGCUGACGCCAGUGCUUGUGUGUGUGUUGGCAGACAGGACGCCGGGUGAGAAUAGUGUAGCCAGCAUCCUCCUUUAGAGACUAAAUACAUUAACUGUGCAACACGCUCUGCGUCGGUCCUGGGAAUAGGCUAUCUCUGCUGCUCUGUCCCCUGGUAACAGCUUUCACAAUGCUUUUAUAGACCUAGUAAAACAGAAAGAAUGGGAUGGCGAUGAGAACAAAGAAUUUAAACACUUUUUAUUUCACGCAAAACGCAAAUAAAAAGUGUAAUGUAUCUGUCAUUUGCAAUAUAGUUCAUUAUGACAUGCACCCCCCAUUCUCUUCAUAGUGAAAAUACGUCCACUGAAUAUAAUAUUUCACUAUUCAGUUAUAAUUCCAUUUAAUUUAUAAUCUGUAUAGAUUGGGGAUUAUUAACCCGGAUUCGUAACGUGGGUCCCUGUUGCCUGUAACAGACAAAUCUUAUUCAUGGUUCCCAGGAAACAGCGCACAUUAAACUGGUUACUGCAGAAACACUGUCCUUUGCAGCGCAAUGCAGACCCCACCAACACUGGGAGGAGACUUAAAUAUUCUGUCAUUUUAAUUAUGUAUUCCAUUAUGAUUAAAGACUGGGCCACUGAGCUAGUGCUGGGUACAUCAUUAAAAUUGUACUGCUUUGUUCUUCGGAAAUGCACAAUGUACUUCCAAGAUUUUGCAAUGUCUACUACCUGUCUGUCACUAGCUUGUUCUAUCAGCUUGUUGGGUAUCUCGCUCUUUGUGCUACUGCUCAUAGUGUGUAUGCAUACAAGUUUCAGGGUUCUCACUACUACUAAUGCCUUCUUAUGUCUUUAUCCAGCUAUAUAGCCUUCUACACCAUUCUAUAUAAUAUCUGUCUGUCUGUCUAUCUGUCUGUCUGUCUAUCUAUCUAGUUGCGGUGAGAUCACCCUGACAUGUUUAUGGAUUGUUUUACUCUGUAAUAGGUCAAGUAGAUACAAAAUAUGGGAGAUGCUGUUUUGUUAGCAUUAUCACACAGGUUUGCCUAUUAAGCAAACACUCCAGACAGCUUCUUACCUUGGCUGCAUUGUAAAGCUCAUGAUAAAGUAACUUACCUGGCUUAAUGUAAAUACCCAACCCACCAACAUUCAGGUUACCUACACCUCUCAUGUCCACUUCCAACAGGUUGAGACCUAGUAAGAAGAAAUAUCAUGCACAGUUACCCUGUGUAUGAAAGAACUGAAUUUUCUAGGUACUCAAAUGGACAGAUGGACUAAGAAACUUAUCUGUUAAUUUCAGAAUAUCCACCCUGAAUUUGUCCUUUUUCUUUGUGUCAGGAUUACAGAAUGAUCCAGCACGUAGAAUUGUGUAACACAGAGGACUGAUAGGUAACGUAUACCGGACCUUAGAAUGGCCGGACUAACGUACCAAAGAAUAGUUAGGAAUAGCCGAGGUCAAGGGAUACAGAAAGAGACACAACGAUAAGGAAAAGCCAGGAGUCAGGGAUACCAGAAAACAGGGAAGUCAAAAUCAAUGCCAAAGUCAAAUAACCAGAAUAACCAGAAUCGAUAACGAGCUCUCGGACAACCACAAAGGAAACCACGACAGGGCACUGAGCAGGAUGAGAACUGGGCCUAAAUAUCCCACCUCUAGAUCUGAUAGGCUGUAACCGGCCUUUGACCCCAAAGGCAGUUACCAGGUUCCUAUUUGCAUGAUUGCUGCUCAGCAUUAAUCCUUCUGUGGAUUUGAUUGCUGCUCAGCACUACUUUUCCUGUCUGAACAGUAAAUUCCAUUAAUCACAUUUUUAUAAGCGGAUGAAUACGUGACACUUUGUCCUGAUACUUUGAAUCAUUGAAUUGGUUAUGGUGCAGAGAAUACCCUGUGCCAUGUCCCUGUUCCCAGAACAAUUUAUAACUGCAGUAAUUGGCAAAGCCAGCCCCCUGACUUCUUAUGUAAAAGGAGGAAUUUUACUUCCUGCUUUUCUGAUCAAGAUGCACAGAUCUUUCUCUGACAAAGAAUCCAUAGACCAGAAUGAAAGACUCCCGAUCGACUCCCAAUCGAGUUCGUCUUGCUUCUGGAGGGUCCUGCUUGUUACUUCUGAUAACAUUGUAUUUGAAGACGUAACAGGAAUUUUGAAGAUGAAGAGAUAGUGUUCCUUUUCAGUUUCUUGGAUGUAUUGGUUUCAUACAAUAUUUGUCUUCAGAAUUAUCUAAUAACCCAAAAAAUUAUCUGAAUUAUGUUUGCUAUUUGAGUAUUUUUACCCCUGAUUAGCCUCCUCUUUAUAUAACAGACUGUCUUCAAUGCCGUGUCAUAUGGAGAUAUGAAAUGAUAAGGCAUGUUAUAUAUACACUGGUACAUUCUGUACUUAUUUUGUUUCCUUUCAUUAAGAAUUGGCAGGACGCCUACUCUGGACAGGCGAGGAAGGAGUAUUAGCAAAGGGGAUUCUCUGUAUUUGGAAGAACAAUUGAUUUGUUCAGUUUUGAACUUGCGCUUAGUUUUUUUGCUCUGUGCUGUCUGAUCACUCUAACAGGAUGUCAACACUGACUGCGGCCUGCUCCUUCGCUAGAUACAGGGACUUCUCAUGAGCCCUGGCAGAAUGCAGCGUUAGAGCGUGCGAGAGAUGACCUGGCUGAGGAGCAUUCAGAGAGCCUCACAGACUCCUUCGCCAUACAAGCAUCUAAUGGUGCAGAGAGGGAGGUUUUUUACCUCCAUUAUCCUCAACUAUUUACAUGUAUAGAUAGAUAUAUAGUGCGAUAUUUGAUAUAUAUGUAUAAAUAUUAUAUACAUGUACAUUUGAAAUAUGGGGCUCAGGCUGCUCUGUCUCCUUACAGGUGUAUGGCCUGUACCCGAUGAUGGAGACCUUGUUAGUAUUUCAAGUAGUGUAGCUGCUAUCCCGUAUUGCUAGUUGUGUAUCUCCUAUGCUCAGAAUCAGGGCAGAACAUGCAAGGAGAGAAGAAAUAGCCACAAUAUAACACAGACUGAUGUUAUAAACAGGGCUUUGUUUAAAGAAAUGCUCCUUACAUCCUUACAUUUAAAUUGUUUACAUUCAGUGAGCGCAGGACAUUACAUUUGGCUGAGCCAGAUUGAAACUCUUGAUCACCAGUUACCUUCUCUUCUGGCAUGGGUCUUGGUUGUUUUUUCAAAAUAUCAAAAUAUCUAAAUAUAUUUUAUAUAUAUAAAAAUAUAUCCAUGUAUAAAAACAUAUCAAACUAUUAUAAAAUUACAAUGUUUUAGUAUUAUUAAAUCAUUUUAAAAUGUUAUCCAACAGCCAUAAUUCACAUGGCUGCUAGUGCAGUCUUGCUAUGAAACAUCAAUAUUACAACAGUGUUUUUUUAUUUUUAUUUGAUAACUAAACAGGUUUACCAUCUCAAACAAACUCUGGUAACAGUUUUCAGCUACUCCUGCACCAUGUUGCAUUGAAUAUCUUGCAUACCAAUAUAUUACACAUUAUACAUAUACAUAUAAAUUUAGCAUUUUGCUGCAUGCGUCUGCUUAUUCAAUGACUCGGAAUAGCAGGUCCUCGUGUUCAAAGAGUGUAAUUGUUAGACUAACAUGGUUGGCACACCCUACACGCAAACAAGGUCACCAUUUAAGGGGUGGGUGGGUUGAUGGAGCUAUCGUCUUAAUCCAAUUCUUCGUCUUAACCUUCUCUCCAGUUGAUGGACUAUGGAAAAUGGGGAGCAAUCACUCCAGAUUGUCCCAGAUUUUGCUGGAUUCUAUACUGGAACACGCAUUGGGGGUGGGGAGUUACUUGUACUUUAUGCUCUGCAGGUAGAUGUCUGUACAUUGUGGAAACUCCGCAUCCGACCUUUACAAACCAGCUCAGGAUAAUAAGGUUGACAUUACACGAAGCAUCAGGUGUGACAGGAGGAAAUUAAAUCUUUGCACGGGUUAUAAAGAGGUUUCAGAAGAUGAGAUGGACUGGUUGAAUUAGCAUUUUAUAUCAGCGUAUUCAGUAACUACUCUAGGUAUAAACUGGAUUGAUAUCUGCAGCCGUAACGCAGUCUGAGAAUUAACCAUUUCUUAAAUACUCGGAUUAAGAUAGGGAAAAGGGAUUUUUGGGGAAUCAUUCAUGGAAUUCAGUCUUUAAUAACUAAUUUUGAUAUUUUAAAUGAUAAUUAAAAAAGCAUCUUCCAGCACUGUAAAUAUGUUUACAUUAUCAUCAUAGAAAAACUUCGCAGUAUGAGGAACGAAUGAAACUCCUCAAUGGUCUUAUCAAUAGAGCUAUAUUGCCAGCUGAUCCACAAAAAAUGUACACAAAAUUUUACUAGAGUAAAUGGGUCAAAUUAUAUUUUUCAAUGCCUCUUCUGUAGCUUUAAUCACCCAUUUUCUUUAAAAUUCAGAAUUUUCUUGUGCUUUUCUCAUUUCCUGUACCUUUAUGCUGGUUUAUCCCUGACUUAGAAUCCCAGCGCACCUCGUUAUUUAGAAAUGAUUUAUAAUUCUCGUUAAACCACUUUAUUCACACAGAACAUAAACCAUAGAACUAAUUAUAUGCCAUUUUAUGCAGUUAAUGUGAAACAGAACUGAUACUUUCUGAGUUAAGAAAGUGGUUGAAUACUUAUGCGACUGAAAUUAAUUUAUUUUCUUUGUAAUAAUUCUACAUGAAUAUUACAUAACUAUUCCAUUCCACAUCUCAGAUCAUAUUUAUAACACUUUCCACGUGUGCCACAUAAGAGGGGUGGGAGAAAUCCAUUUUUUCAUAUUUCUCUUUGGAUCAACUCAUUGUUAAUACCCUGCAAACUAACUAAAAUUAUCAGAACCUUUUUUUUUUUUUUAUAUCUACUCAGUCUGUUAAAACUAACUCUUGUUAAAACAACCUCUUUAGACAUGUAUUGCACACCUGUUUUGUGCUUAUUUUAAAGGGCCAUUUCCUCUGCUCUAUGUAAAAUCUCCUCUCUUCGAUCUCUGAGUCUCAAUAGGGAGUUUCAAAGGCUCUGCAGUAUGUGAGUGGGUUAUUUAAGAUGUGAAAUAAGUACUACUCUAUGAGAGCUUUUCUGUUUUUGCUUUUAUUUACAGAUUGUUACCCAGUUGAGAGAGAAACUGGAAUACAUUUUUUCCAAAUUAGGAGACCAUCUAUAUAAGUAUACCUGUUUACUAUUACAUUGAGGAAUAAGUUACACUUCCAUUUUGCUUUUUGCUCACUUGUUUUUCAUGGAGUGUGUCAUUUGAGUGAACUGGUAAGAGCAGCACUUAUAUCACUGUUAGAACCAAAAUGCACUCUGGGUACACUGUGUGUAAAAAUUAUUUUUGUUGAACAUUUUUCAAAACAGUUCUGUUGCUGUGAAUAAUAAUGUUUGUCUACCAUUUGUGCAGCACUGUGGAGAAUUUGGUGUCUUUUAAAUAAUGCUAAUAGUAUUGUGAAUCACUGUUUUAAUAUCUAUAUUUUACAUUUCUUCUAUCGGAAGGCAGUAUCAUUGUAUCGUAGCCGUGUUAAUGUGUAAAUAAGAAAUGACAUGCUUUUGGAGAGUGUUUAAUGACGGUCUUGUAGAUAAAGAUGUGGCACACAAGAGGUUUUAAAUAAUGUUUAAUAAUUGUGUCAAAACAAAGGUUUCCUGGUUAAGGCUUUUAAUAUUGCAUCCUGACCCACAAGUCAUUGUCAAACUCAGGGGUCAAAAGUCAAGAUUGUUAAACUCUCCUGCAAUAAAACAAAACAAAGACUCAGACGUAUCUGUGACGCAUUUUAACUUGAUGAAUCUCAAAAUAUCGGUAAAAAAAUGUAGCAGAUCAGCUUUUAGGUAUGAAUAGUUAUUGGGUUAUCUCAAGGUUUAAAAAGUAACUUUGGUUUAGUCAAUUUAAAGCUUCUUGUAUAACCUAAUGUGCAGGGAAAUCGGAUCCUAACAUAAAGGUUGAUAUUUUUGGGACACUAGGUUCCCUUUUAUUAUGGUUGAAGCUCAUGUACAACGAUCCAUUGUUCUAGAGUAAAGGUAAUGAAUCUAAGCACUACGGAAUCUGAUGGCGUUAUAUAAAUAAUAAAAUAAUAAUAAUAAUUGUCUGCUUUGAUGACAAGGGUUCUCCAUACCUUUUCCCUCUGUCUCUUUCAAGAUUUGCAAUUGCCUGAAGGUUCCCAUUGUACAAAUCUGCAGAAUCUAUUGCUAUCUUAUAAGUGAAAAGGUAACACUUUGCGUCGAUAUAAUACACCCAGAUAAUAUAAAUACAAUUCCAUUUCCCUGAACUGACUCUACCAGGAAAGAACAUAUGAAGUCGUAAGCUAUGUACUGGAGAAUGAGUGGGCAUUUAUUACAGACUGCCCCAUAACAUCACAUAUACAUUGGCAACGGAAAGUGUGCAUUAAUCAAAACAUUUUUACGGUAUACUUAGUUACUGGGUGUUGGUGGGAAAGCAAUCCCAUAAAUAUGGUCAGAGGAUUUUACAAAUAGCACUUCACUCACAAUAGGCGACCUUGAAGUAGCCAACAGACUUCCCGUAAAUGAUCACGCAGGUUAAGAAAGAUCACUCCUUUAUAUGUACAAUGUUUAUUGUUGCAGCCCUGAUAAAAAAAAAAUGUUUAUGUUCUGUUGAUUUCGAGUCACAUUCUUUAUGAGGACAAUCCAACACAUUCACUUUUUGUUUGUUUUGUUUUUCAGGAAGAUGGUGAUGUCCUCUUCUAAUGAAGUAGCUGAUCAAAAAGAUGCCUUGAAGCUGGGUAACUCAUUACUGAUUUAAUUAUUGGAUAUAUAAUUAAUACAUUUACAGUAUUAGAUGACAUUAUAGACUGGUACUAACCUUAAAGGGAAUCGUAAAAACUAUUUUAUGGUUAUAACAGUUGGAUUUGUUGUGUUUGUUUAUAUCUGGCACAGAAAGGACAUCUGACGAAUUACUAAAAUAUCCUGAAACAAGAUAUGAUGGCGACAUGCUUUUCCUUUCUUAAAGGGAAAAUAUCACUUCCUUGUAAUUUUAAUAUUGUUUACAUAAUCACAAUAUUUAACAAAUAUGUGUUUGGGAGGUCUGAAAAAACUAUAAAUGUAGAACUACACACCGAUAUGUUUAGUUUUAUCCUGCUACUGUGCGCCUCCAUCUUGGCACUGGAGGUAAAGAAGUAGGAACAGCGUUUCUGUUUCUUCCCUCAUCAGUCUGAUUGUGCCCUGACUGAACUGAAAUGUGGGGUCAUUUGCUAAAUAUUCCCACUCAAGAAGGACCAUUUUGGAAAAACUCAUACCAGAAGAGCUGGGAAAUGUAGAAAAUACAUUACAACACAAACUGAUAUUUAUAUCUUCUAGAAACCAUCCCUCGUUUAACUGCAGGCAAUUUUCACUCAUUUAUAAUUCUUUCUAAUUUAUGUGAGUGAGUGUAGGUGGCUGUAAUCAUGCAUAGUUAUCAUGGUGCUUAGAGUGACCUUUUUACUAAAGAGUGUUUCUCCAUAAGCAGUGUUUUAUGGACACAUCAAGGAUUUCUGGGAGUUGUAGUUAAGUUGUUAGCUCUCGUCUGUAGAACGCUUGAGCUGAACUACAUCUCCCAGAAAUCUAAUUCUUGACAUUCUAUGCAGCAUUUUUUUUAGACCAUAAAGGGAAAUGGUAAGUUGUGAUGAGGGCAGAAAGGGCAAAAUAGUUGAGCCCUAAAAAAACCUCAAGCACCCAGCAUAAGUAAAUAUUACUUAACCUACACAUUGUACCUAAUGUGUAUUUGAUUGGAGUGUGCCUUCAGUGAAUGGUGAUCUAUGAUUAUACAUUGGUAUUUUCACUUGGGAUUUGUCUUUUCAGAUGACGUUGAGGAUGAGUUGGUCAGUGAGGUCAUGACUACAGUCCCAAUGUUCCCCAGGAGUAAGAUCCAGCUGGAAGGAAAGCCAGUUGACCUGCCUCUAGCAGUGGUAAGUCUAAAGGAAACUAAUCUCUUAUCACAAGGGUAUGUUGUAAAAGAUCCCUUCAAAGCGUACAUUACAUAACUUGACCUGAUACCAAAUAUAAAACUGUAUCUCAGCAUUCUGUGCUUACACUGAGUAAAACAAUGAUUCAAUCAAGUUAAUAUAAAACAUUUUGUUUCUGUCUUGUGCAUUUUAUAACAUUCUUUAUCUCUAAAUAACAAAUGUAAAAGGCUACUUGAACUGCUUAAUAAUACAACCGAGAGCCCUAAACACAUAUAAUUUGGGGCAGAGAAGGAAUAAGGCUGCUAGAAAGAAGCUUACACAUAGGAAAUAAUCAAGAUGUUUUCUGUAGAAAGAGGACAUGAUGUCGGAAGGAUGGACCUUUUAGAGGACAGUUUCAAUAAUACUUUAUUUUUAUAAAAAGUGCCUCUAAAACUUUACUUAUUUUAGUGGGUACAGGGGUCAAUACAUUGAAAGAGUUGAAUAAAACUGGUGUUAGAUACAUAGUGGGGUCUUUCUAAAGAGCAACAUUAGACAAAAGAUAUAUCUGCAGGUCCAAAGUCUCCACAGUGAUUACUCCAUCCAAUCUAGGCUAUUUUAAAAUUAAAUACUUUACGUUUAGAUAAAAAAAAAGUCAGCUAAUUUGGUCAGUUUGUUCUGCCUCUCAUAAAGUUUGGGUUUUAUUCACUAGAUAGUAAAUUAUGCAAAUCAUAAAAUAUAGAUACAAAUCAGAUGAACUUGGAAUAUCCUCACAUUUUGAAAUUCCCUUCUGAAUCCACACCGAUGCAUCUACUUUAAAAGUUUGGACAUGUGUAUAUAUAAUUGUACACGUAGUCAUGUAGUCAUGCAGAUAAUUAAUGUUUCAGCCCACAGUUGGUCUUUAUCUUGAUUCUUAGAAUCCUACUUAAUACAUCAUUUGAAGGAGCCCAACGAAAUGCAAUGUGUAGAGUCUAUUAAAAUCUGGCCUUCAUCUGAUUAACACUUUUUUCUAGACAACAUCUCAUGUAACCUCACGGUGAAAAAUCUCUUAAUUUCCAUGUGUUUCUGGAAUGUGUAUGGAGUGAAGCUAUUCUUCAUUAGCACAUCAUUGUGUAGUAUAACAGAAUUUGGGAUGUUUCUCUUAUCUCUGACCGUAGCUCAUUCUUGCUCCAGUGCAUUUAUAAAUACUAGCUUAGAGUAAAUUGUGUUAUGUAAGAAUGUUGUUGUUGUACACGUGUGUACUUGGGAUGAAGAAAGGAAGGGAUACUGAUUUAACCUGCACUAAAAGAAAUAAUAAUAAUAAUAAUUACAAAUCAGUGAUAUAUUUACCUGGGAAUUAUCUGUAUUUAUCCUAGGGUCUGUGUUAUCACAGCUAAUUGCUGGUCACUGGGGGCAUUGCUCUGUCAUUUAGGAAAUCUACUUUGGGAACAUGGAAGCCAUCUUUGGGGCCAGUAAUGUACAGUUUUGUCUCUUUUAAGUAGGACAGCCUCUUUCCUUCUCCAUAGGAAGAUGUGUAGGGGUGAUCCUGUUCCUUUGAUUUUCUAGUACUCCUAAUGUGAUAAUGUAUACCGGUAUAUUUAUCCUUUUUUUUCUUUUUUUGCAGGGAAUAAAAAAAAUCCUUUUUGGCUCCACCCUUUGUUGUUUCAGCGAAGAAUGGAAAAUGCAAAGUUUUACAUUUAGUAACCAAAGUCAAGUAAAGUACGGCUUUGUGCAGAAGAAGGUGGGUCUGCUUGCAUGAGAUUGUUUAACAAAUUUAGCUUAGCCAUGGCAAAGAAAUAUUUUAAUGUCAUGAAAGAGAUAGACCAAUGUGUAUUAUUGAUUAUUGAUAGAACAAAUUACUUUGUAAAUGUAUUUUAUAAAAUUCUAUUAUCCUUUAUAGUCUCCCUCAGUCAGUGGCGUACACAUGACCCAUGGGGCCCCGGUGCGAAAAUUGAUCCGUGGCACCCCCCUCCCGCAUUACUCGGUGCGGGUCGGGGCCGCAACACAUGGCGGCGGGCACCUGGUCGCAGGGGUUGCAGGGCUGGGACCCCGCGACCAUGGUAUGCACACACACUUAAAGGACCACUACAGACACCCAGAUCACAUCAGCUCAAUGAAGUGGUCUGGGUGCCAGGUCCCUCUAGUUUUAACCCUGCAGCUGAAAACAUAGCCGUUUCAGAGAAACGGCUAUGUUUCACUGAGGGUUAAUCCAGCCUCUGGUGGCUGUCUCAUUGACAGCUGCUAGAGGAGCUUCCGCGAUUCUCACUGUGAAAAUCACAGUGAGAAGACACUGAACGUCCAUAGGAAAGCAUUGAGUAAUGCUUUCCUAUGGGCGGUUUAAAUGCGCGCGCGCCUCUUGCUGCGCAUGUGCAUUCGGAGCUGAGAGGAGGAGGGAUCCCCAGCGCCAAGGGAGUCCGACGCUGGAGAAAGGUAAAUGCUGAAGACACACACUCUCACGAACAGACGCAUACACACUAGCUAACAGACACACACAUUUACUGACAGAGACACACUCAGUGACAGACAUACAUACACACUCACUUACAAAACAUACACUUUCACUGACAAACACACACUCACUAACAGACAUCAAACACACUCAGUAACAGACACACACAGUAACACACUCACUAGCAGACACACCCAAUAACAGACACACUCACUGACACACACACACACUAACACAUACACACAAACACUAACACACACACAAACACACACACACACACUAACACACACACUAACACACACACACACACUAAUACACACACACACACUAACACACACACACACUAACACACACACACACACACUAACACACACACAUUUUUUUUUUAAAUUUAAUCCCCCCAGCCUCCUUACCUUUUGGAGAGCUGAGGGGAUUCAAUGGAGUCCAGUGGUGCUGCUGACCCCAGCAGACGGGCUGUCUGGGUGGCCGGUGCACGAGGGAGCACUCUCCCCUGAGUGCUUCCAAUUCAGCUCCCUCGCGCGCCGCAUAGGGAUGCCGGCGCCGGAAGAUGAUGUCAUCUUCCGGCUCUGGUAUCAGUGCGGUGCGAGAGGGAGCUGAAGAGGAAGCACUCAGGGGAGAGUGCUCCCUCGCGCACCGGCCACCCAGACAGCCCGCCCGGUGGGGUCAGCAGGGCCAGCCUCGGGGGGCCCUGGGGUGGCCGGCUCCUGGGCCCCCCAGGAGAAGAGGCUGGCCCUGUGGGUACAUACCGGGUCGCAGGGGUGACCGGGCCCCCUGGUGGGCCGGGCCCGGUCGCAGCCUCGACCCCUGCGACUCUGGUAUGUACGCCACUGCCCUGAGUAUGGAAUGCCUUGAGUAUUUAACAUUUGCCACAAAAUAGCUUCAGGUGCAAGACAAACAUGUCCAGCCCUGAUGCACAAGUGGACUGAGUGGGUAAUUAGGGCAUAACCCAAAUUAAAUACUGUAUUACAAUUAAAAGAGAUAAAUUCCCCAAAUUAGAACCAGUCAUCAGUCAGUUACCACCACUAUACAUUCAUCCUUCAUUAGAGUACAAACACUUGUUUAACUCAGUUAAGUCUUGUUUUAACAUUUGCACUGUUAUCCUUACUGCCACUAUUACAUUUGUGAAGCUUUACAUUUUUGUUAAAACUUCAUUAAAAACUGGUUUUCCAAGGUGCAAUUAUAUCUAUUGGUUCUUACAUCGAUAACAUCUACAAAUGCCACUUACAAAUAAAAAUCGAUAAAAUAUUACAUUUGAAAUCGAUAGCAUCAUUUGAAACAUGUAAACACCGUUCAAUUAAUAAUUCCAAAAACUCAAUUUUACCUGCCCCAUUUAUGCUAUUUUAUUAUCUAUCACUGUUUUCUUGAAGUGCUCACUGAACUCUGAGAUAAUAUGAAACAGUAUAGUCGUAUAUUCAAUUGAAUAAAGGUGAUUAGACCCUCUCUCUGUUAUGUCUCUUUGAAUUUAGUAGGAGAAGUUAAGUCUAUCUCUGAUACAAGCUAAAGGUUUUUUACUGUAAGUCUCCUUUUGUCCGAUUAAUAUUACAUUUUAAUAUUUAAAUAUUAAACUAGCCAGGACUCUCAGUACAUAUUUCCAGCGAUUUCUCCUUUCUGUUUUCUUGUCAAGUCUGCGAUUGUGCUAUUAGCUGACAUUACCAUGUACGUGAAUUAUCUGUGUCACCAAGCAGCGAGGACAUAGGUUAAACAGUAAUUAAGUGUUUAUUGUGUCCUAUUACUGCUUGUCACGUUAUUGCUGCCAGAUAUGUUGUUUUCACAUAAUCUACGGUGUCACUUAUUUCUUUACUUAUCUCCUAAAUGCAUUGACUUUCUCAUACUAAUAAACAUGAUUUUAUUCAUGUUGCAGUCACAUUCCUGUAACUAAAUUACUGUAAUUGUCAUUAGUAGUGCUUCAUUAUCAUAGCAUUUAGAGCACAAAGUGCGUGUCUGUCUGGAGUCCCAGCACUUUGUGGCAUGUAUUCUAGCACUGUGUUAUUCAGUGAUCCUCAUUGUGGCAUUGGGCUGGCACUGUGUUAUUCAGUGAUCCUGAUCGUGGCAUUGACCUGGCACUGUGUUAUUCAAUAAUCCUCAUCGUGACAUUAACCUGGCACUGUGUUAUUCAGUGAUCCUGAUCGUGGCAUUGGUCUGGCACUGUGUUAUUCAGUGAUCCUGAUCGUGGCAUUGGUCUGGCACUGUGUUAUUCAGUGAUCCUGAUUGUGGUAUUGGCCUGGCACUGUGUUAUUCAGUGAUCCUCAUCGUGGUAUUGGCCUGGCACUGUGUUAUUCAGUGAUCCUCAUUGUGGCAUUAGCCUGGCACUGUGUUAUUCAGUGAUCCUCAUCAUGGCAUCGGCCUGGCACUGUGUUAUUCAGUGCUCCUCAUCGUGACAUUAACCUGGCACUGUGUUAUUCAGUGAUCCUCAUCUUGGCAUUGGCCUGGCACUGUAUUAUUCAGUGAUCUUCAUCGUGGCAUUGGUCUGGCACUGUGUUAUUCAGUGAUCCUCAUCGUGGUAUUGGUCUGGCACUGUGUUAUUCAGUGAUCCUCAUCGUGGCAUUGGUCUGGCACUGUGUUAUUCAGUGAUCCUCAUCGUGCCAUUGGCCUGGCACUGUGUUAUUCAGUGAUCCUCAUCGUGACAUUAACCUGGCACUGUGUUAUUCAGUGAUCCUCAUCGUGGUAUUGGCCUGGCACUGUGUUAUUCAGUGCUCCUCAUCGUGACAUUAACCUGGCACUGUGUUAUUCAGUGAUCCUCAUCUUGGCAUUGGCCUGGCACUGUGUUAUUCAGUGAUCCUCAUCGUGGUAUUGGCCUGGCACUGUGUUAUUCAGUGAUCCUCAUCAUGGCAUCGGCCUGGCACUGUGUUAUUCAGUGCUCCUCAUCGUGACAUUAACCUGGCACUGUGUUAUUCAGUGAUCCUCAUCUUGGCAUUGGCCUGGCACUGUGUUAUUCAGUGAUCCUCAUCGUGGUAUUGGCCUGGCACUGUGUUAUUCAGUGAUCCUCAUCAUGGCAUCGGCCUGGCACUGUGUUAUUCAGUGCUCCUCAUCGUGACAUUAACCUGGCACUGUGUUAUUCAGUGAUCCUCAUCUUGCAUUGGCCUGGCACUGUGUUAUUCAGUGAUCUUCAUCGUGGUAUUGGUCUGGCACUGUGUUAUUCAAUGAUCCUGAUCGUGGCAUUGGCCUGGUACUGUGUUAUUCAGUGAUCCUCAUCGUGCCAUUGGCCUGGCACUGUGUUAUUCAGUGAUCCUCAUCGUCGUAUUGGCCUGGCACUGUGUUAUUCAGUGAUCCUCAUUGUGGCAUUAGCCUGGCACUGUGUUAUUCAGUGAUCCUCAAAGUGGGUUGGUUGAGCCGAGUAGAAUUGAAGAGGCUUGUUGCAGAGAUGGUUUGGGAAUUGGGCCCAAGGAGGAGUAGAAAUUUACUGUUAUUUCAAGGAAUUUACAGCUAGAAGUGGCAAGCGGGGGAAGGAGUGGGGGGGCACAAUAAACAUUUGUGGUAUAUACAAUUUUGAAUUUUGCCAAUUGAAUCCUAUCAGCCAGAUUAUUAAUUACUGCAUGUAACUGCAAGUACAAAAUAUUACAGUAGUAACACUAUAGAUAACAAUGAUAACAUUAUUAUAAUAAAUAUCAAUCUGUACCUUAAAGUUGCUGCGUUCAAUUGAAGAGGCUUGUUGCAGAGAGGGUUUGUGUUAUUUAUUGACCCUCAUUGUGGCAUGGGUCUGGGCCCUUGCAGUGUGGUAUGCUGGACCUGCUGUUUUGCUUAAUGUACAGUGGGCCUGGUACUGUGUUUUAUAAUGCAUCUCACAGUUAGAAAAGUCUAUCACUGUUAUGUAUUGUAGUAUCUACCUGGCACUGUAUUAUGCAGUGCCGCUCAUUGUGGUAUAUUGCGGGCAGGAGACUCACUUCAGCUCUCCCUUGAGAUAAAUCCAGAAACAUUGUCUGAAAAAGGAAAUCGCGGUGCAAAAAAACCCCCAAACACGUUAAAAGGCUGCUAUUUUUACAUUCACUGAUAAAAAAAACGGACGGCUUCUUAAACAGACGGCUUUGCAAGGUGCUCCGGGCUGCUGUCUCUUGAGUUUUUUGUCGAAAUCUGCAUUUUUUGUAAAAUAAAAAGAGAACUGACUCUUUACAUAUAAAGUGCUCCAGCAGGAUUAACUGAUUAAGGGGUCAGGAGUAGUGUUAAUUCGUUAACAAUAAUUUUUCGUUAUAGUUUUCAUCAAAACCAUGUUAUCAGUGAUGAAAAUGAGACUAUAAUUAAAGAGUAAUUAUGACAAAAACGACAAUGGAAAUUAAUGAUAUUUUAUUCAACGAAUGAAAAUGAGACAAAAUUGUUAGCGUUGACGACUCUCAUAUGCAACUUGUUCUAAUCAGAGCAGAUCUAAUUGUGUGAAUGCAAAGUCACAUUCUUGUUUCUUUAUGAGACUUGUUUUUUAAAGAUAAAUAAUGACAUAUUAUAUCACAAUGUAACGGAUCGCCUGGCAACCCGAUUGGGUACCUCCGUUGAAGGAUGCUCCUAGCGCUUCCUGAGUCCUCCAAGCACUCCAGCCGACACCAUAGACUCCUUCAGAGAGCAAAACAGGAGCAAACUCUUACAAGAGCUUAGUAGUGACAUAGCAAGGGAGUAUGACUAGCAUAGCAAUCCCUUGUAGCAGAUUCCCCCAAUAAGAGACGGCACUCCAAAUUAAGGGUGAAGUAGAACUCACGGUUCUGGCCCAUACAGCCUCUUUUAUUCACAUUCUACAAACAUAGUACUGCCCACAGGGCUUUGAAGAACAACCAAUAAACACGUACAAUACACUCAGACACUCCCACACAAAAUCCUCCCCUCUGCCUGUGAUACAAUUACCUUACACAAUGGGUUAAUAUAAUUCAUAACUUUAAAAGUAUGCAUCACAUUCACACAAAUUUACAUCACUUACAUUUUCAGAAUCAGCAUACUCCAAAUACCAACAUACGUCAAAAUCAUACAAAUUGGUCCAGUGGGUCAAAAGUUAGAUCAACGUCCUUUGUGACCAAAUGAAGCAUGGCUUUUCUUUCCAAAACCAGUUCCACAGAGUCUUCUAUCCUGGAGAUAAUUGGGAAGUAAUCCAAUUAUCUCCAAGGACAGAGGCAAAACUCCAUUAGCCACAUGGUAGCAAAAUACAAUAAAAUACAUAAAAAUAUAUAAUUGUGCAGCUAUUGCAUAAAACAGGUACAUUCAACAUAUCCCCAGAUAGCUUAGAUCUGAGCGCACAUUAUUACUGAAUGGUGCUCAGAUCACAUACAUACAGUUCAUUUGCCAUGGAGCCAAAGUCUUUUACAUAGUCUUUCGUUAUACGAAUGGGCUCCAUGGCAUAGCUAUCUGGGGUAUCACUGCUCACAUAGGGAAAGUACCGAAUGACUCGGCUUUUGGGUCUUUGCAGGGGAAAAUCAAGCAUUUUAACAUGGGGCCAUAAUCACAGGGCAGGAGGCUGGCAAUCAGUCUUCUCCAAUGCCCAGUGGCGAGGCUGGCUCCGCCACACACACAGUUACAUCUGUGUCUGUUUUGCAUGUUCAAACCUCAAUACUAUAACUAAUAAAUGUUUAAUAGAUGUUUACCCCUCCAGGAGUAUUUAAUGAGUUUGGAAAUUCUAGAGAAAUUCUUAAAUAGUGCUCUACACCUUAGCCAAACCCAUUGCUGGUGUUUUAAUCGACUAAAUGUUGACUAGAAUCUUACGAUAUUUAGUCAAGUGAAGUUUUUUUGCCCAAACUUUUUUUUUUGCAUUAUGCGGUUUGUUAAUCCAAAUUGAAUUUAGCAUUUUCGGAUAGGGGAAUCGUGUACAUUUUACUCCUCUAAUCUCUCGCAUCCACAAUAUGUAUCACAGAGAAUGGCGGUAUGAAGAUACACAUGGCAUCUCUUGGGGAACCAAAUUUAAACUUGCCACAUGUACUGUAUGCUCACAUUUGAACCUUGUUUAAAGAUUUUUUUUUAUUUGUAUUUUAGGGCGGCCCGUGUGGAGUUUUGGCUGCUGUGCAAGCCUGCAUGUUAAAAAACCUGCUUUUCAUAAUAGAUGCUGAAUCAAGGUACUGAGUGAAAUAUUUCCCUGACUCGUUGCGAAACAUUAUUAAGCUAAGAAAAUUUACUUUGCUUUAAUUACUCUUAAUCCUAUUAAAACACGUAUAAGCUAAGGCCUCAUUGAAAUUGUCCACUUGGAUAGUGAAUAUGUUUGUGUUAAACACCUCCAGAACUUUUACCAUAACAAGUGGUUUGCCUAACUCUGGUAAUGAAAGGGUUACUCUUCAAGGACAUCUAUUCAGCCAAUAAAGGCCAGUGGACUUUAUAAGAGCAGCGACGGUUAACAUUGGAAAUAAAUAUUCUGUGAUGCCAGUCAGUGAUUCUUAAGAGAGGAGUUCAUAGGGACUUCUUAUUUAUGUGUGCUUUUAUUUUUUAUCUCCAUUGUACAGAGCUGAGUAAUAUGUCGGUGCUAUAUGAAAAUAAUACAUUUUUUAGAAUAAUUCUUAAUUUGUUUGUUAUAUUAGCAAAAGUAUAACAGCUUAUUUUUUUCUUGAAGAUGCUAGCAUAUAUCCAUAGUCCCAGCAUCUGUGUUCUGUAAAUGCCUGUGGGUAAAAGAGGUGGCUCAGAGAUGUGAAUUGCAUCACUGGCACCGCCAAAAGCAGGCAAGUCCGCCCUAAUUAGUGGCAAAUCUUCCUAGUGUAAAUGCACACCAGGCUGCCUGCCAAUCAAACAGGCCAGCCAACUGAAGGUGGACCAUGGAGGGGCACUGUUUCAGUACUCUCUGUAUGGUCCUAAUGCCUUAGCAUAGGGCUGCCAUGUCUAAUAACGCACUCACGCUACGCAUUUUGGGAACAGUUCCAAUGUGUCCCUAAAAGCAGGGAACAAACCUGGGACGGCAGGACAUGAUCCUAAAAUCAAGACUGUUGGGAGGCCUGUGUAUUGCCGUGCUGUUAACGUAUAGGUAAACAUUUCCAGUAUAGUGGAUAUGGUAGGUGCUUGCACAUCUGUUUGCUUCCACGUUGGUGAGUCUAAUACUAGGCAUGCUCGGAGUAUACAGCUGGGCACUCUGCCCUAUGCUGGGACAUACAUCCAAAUUUCAGCUAGUAUUUUAUUGUUAUCUUGGCUGCCAGUUUUUAUUCACCUAAAUGAAUUGUGGAAACAUUACAUGGGAUUCCAAAUUCUUGGUCAAAACUUUUAUGGUCUACAUUUUGCAGUUUUCUCAAUAAUUCUUCACAAUUUAUUCUCUAGAUAAUGAAUAAACCCCCAAAUGUGCCAGUUCUUUAUUUUCAUGGGCAGAUCCUUUGUCUUGUUUAUGGAUAUAUACACUUUCUUUCUCUAGGACCCUGCAGCCAUCAGACACACAGAGGACACGCUGCCUGUGCCAGGCUAUUGCGGAUAUUUUAUGGCGUGCUGGAGACAGUAAGGAAGCCAUUGUUGCACUGUAAGUGAAGAUGUUAUGGUUUUUUUUUCUUAUUGUUUUUGUGUUCCUCGUGACAAUUAAGCUGCUGUUUUUUUUCUCCUGUGCACUCAAGUUGCCAUUUGAUUUAUCAGAGUUAAAUAACAGGGUUAUUUAAAGGGACACUCCAGGCACCCAGACCACUUCUGCCCAUUGGAAUGGUCUUGGUGCCAACUCCCACUAUCCUUAACCCUGCAAGUGUAAUUAUUGCAGUUUUUAUAAACUGUAAUAAUUACCCUGCAGGGUUAAGUCCUCCUCUAGUAGAGGGACUUCCGUGUUCUUAGAACACGAAAAGAGUUUUAAGCGACGCUGGGUGUCCUCACGCUAUGUGAGGACCUCCAGCGUCGCCAAAAUCCCCAUAGGAAAGCAUUGGAUAAUGCCUGUGCGCAGAGGAGAGUAGGCGGAGCCUGACCGAGUGCCGUGGGACUCCAGUAAGUCACUGAAGGGGUUUUAACCCCUUCAGCAACUUGGGAUGGGGGGUGGUAAGGAGAGGGGCACUGGAGAGUGUUGUCCUGGCACUGGAGAGUCCCUUUAAGUGAAAAAUUGCUUAUUCCACUUCGACUAAUUUGGCCUUAAAUUUUAAGUUUACUCACUUUUCCUGACAUUUCUCUAUGAGUCCUUCAAAUGUUAUAUUAAACAAAAUCUGAAAAUGCAGUGUUUACAUUAAAAUGCCUGCAGCGACAGAAUAUGUACACCAGAACAACUACAUUAAACUGUACUUGUUCUGGUGCCAAUAGUGUCCUGUUAACACUAAAUGAGGGUCCCUGGCGAUUGACAGCCCCGCCCCCACUGGAGAUGUGGCUAAGGCAGAGAUUACACACUUCCUUGUAGUCAUACCCAUUCAUACCGACAAUGGGCGCUGUGAUAGGCUAAAAGCAGUCCGCUGACACUCACCAAUCACAGCUGCCCAUUGCUGUUCAGGCUCAAGCUCCCUCUUUAGUCUAAGCAGCACUGAGGGAACAUAGGCUGCUAGGACUCUCGUUUAGCAUCAAAACCUUAAAAACCAUGUAUCACGUUAUGAACUAUAACCUGUUCAAUGAGAUGAAGCAGAUUGCUUACAGAGUGCCUACAGUGUCCUUUUGACAAUUCCGUGAUCGCCAAAAUGACUGUUGAUAUUGUUAAUGUUUACUGGCUGUUUUCAUGCUACAAAACAUAAUUGUUAACAACUUAUAAUUAGAAGCUGCAGUUACCUGUAACAUUUGCAAUACGAUCAAUACACAACACCUGGUUUCCAUGCUAGACGGUAAAAAUUAUCACCUGUCACUAGCUAACUAAACUGAACACUUAUCUAUGUGUAAAGAGGAAAAGACAAGACUGAAACUCUUAAUACAUUUAUUCUGUAUUUACGUACACCAAAAUAAUCUAAAAUCAUGGCGUAUGUAGUUUUCUGUUAAUUGGCAAGUCAGGUGUACGAAAACACUAAGUGAUUUUUUUAUUGAACAGCAAAUUAUAUUGAACAGAUAAAAAAAAAUUGCCCACAUUUUACAGUGCAGUUUUUAAUUCACUUGAUACGCUGUUUAGUAAAUAAACAUUUAAGGGGAACUUGCUCAGAUGAUUGCAAAUGAAUAUACCGAGUGAACAUUUUUAUUGCUUCUUGGGCGAGUUGCUGUGCAAUUUAAUUGGAAAACACACCUUUUUGACCCGUUUAAAAUAUGGUAAACGUGAAGUGCUGGUCGGUCUCAUUGGAUGCAGACAUGAGUAGCAUGUACAUGUUAAAGUGAAUCGUAUGGGUUUGUCAGUUUUUGCAGCAGAAAACAUCUAUAGGCUGUUGGUAUAAAGACUGUUUAUUCAGCUAUUUCCUGGCUCUUAAAUAAUUUGUGGUGCACAGUGAGCAUAUAAUCUGUUUUGAUGUAAACAUACUGUUUACAACCAUUUGUGUCUAUUCACCUUAUCACAGGCUCCAAUUAUUCUGCUAGACUGACACGUUCAUACUGACUAUAUUUCUAAUGGGACUUUAAGGGGAUUUGAAUUAUCACAGCCUUGUUUUUAAAUUGUAUUUUGUCAUGGUUACAUGUUUUUCUUUAAUUGUAGAUCAUCUGGAAGGCAACUGUUUAGUCCAGCUGGAAGAUAUAAAGCAGAUGGAAUAUUAGAAAAUGUAAGAUUGUUUGUUUUGAAAAGAUACACAAUUAACGCCCCUUUAAAGUGUUUCUGUCGCCUUCUGGGGUGUUAGCAUAUUUUGCAAAGGCCUCCGAUGGUGACAUCACUCCUCGGUGUGCAUUGGCCCAGGGGUUCAGUGGGUUGAGGUAUAUUUACAUGAUGCAGUCCCCCACUGGAACAGCCAUAUUCGACCUUCAACUCCUGGCACAUCAUCAGCCAGGAGCCCAUGUCAAUGCUGCACAUGCCUGAGUGUAUAACAAUUUCUAUGGAGGAUCCGCAGUACUUUGGGGGCCUCCAUAGACAUUAUCUCACAAUGUAUUACAUCGUACUCACUGUUUUGGGAAUAACACCCCUAAUUAUAACCAGGGAGAUGGCUGUUUUAAAUAAAAGAACAUUAUGUAAAAAUAUAAAAAAAUUGCAUUUCCAGUGAGAAUGAAGCCAUACAUUUUGUGUUUGUGUUUUGUGGUAUCAUAUAAAUAAUGGGGUAGUACAAUGGAUAUUUGCAUAUUGUGACAUAUAUAUCAAGGUUUGAAAUAAGCAAUGGUGGUGACAAAGUAAAUUGUUGUUAUCUCUAGUAUUUAGAUUCUAGUUUGCACUUGGUAGAUAAUUGAUGACAUUCCUUCGCUUUACUGGGUACAGCAAGCACAGAUCAUAUCUACAGCAUGUAAAAAUCUAAACCAUACAUCAUUUUGAAAUGCAGAUUAAUGUGUUUUAAUGUUUUUUGGCUGAGCAUCGGGUAAAUUAGAUUCCACCGACAUCUGCAGUGCCAACUAAGAACAUUGGUGAUAUCAGUUGUAGACUCCUUAUCAUGGUCCUGCAAAUAAAACCAUAAGUAAUAAUAUAGCUAUGGUUGUAAAUAGUUUGGCCCCAUUACAUCUCAAUUCUAUGAUUCUCUCCCCCAAUCAUAUUUGUCAUUCCAACUCUUUACUUUCUUGUGUCUAGCGUUGGAAGAAAUCAAGAUCAGGUGGGUAUUUUGUUGUUGUUGCAGACGUUCCACUGAGAUCCCGUGCCCAUCCCCCUAUAACAUUAUGUACCUAUUCAUGGCUUGUGUGAUUGUGCUCAAUUAUAUUUUUCAGCCUCCAGUUUUAUUGCUAAAAAUAUACUUCACCUUUUUUUAUGUGAUUUUUAUCUCAUUCUUCACAGCUUAUGUUGUAUAGCCACCAAAAAUAUGAAGAUCUUAUGAACUUUCUUCUGCAAAAUAUUGGCCAGGUAAAUAAAACAAAAUAUAUUUUUUUUCUUCUGAUAUUAUUCUAAUUGUUUCCUUAUUUUAUAGUUUGAAAAUUGAUUAAAAAAAACAUUUAUUUUAAUAUAGUAAUUUUAAGGCAGCUUGCAUAGCAUUUGUUAAAUAAAUUUGAAAUAUAUAUUUGAUCGCUCCCAGUUUAAACUCCUCAGCCUUUUAAACAAUUUAAAAACAUUUUAAAUAAACACGUCAUCCACGCUGCUUCAACUAAGUAAACCACAACUAUUUCUUACAAGUGUAUAAAAUCCAAAUACUGAUUAGGGAACAGCACAGUCCUCUAAGUGAAUUUUAUAUACAUUUUGGUCUUGGCGGCAGCACAGCAACAUAGAGGUGCUUGUUUCAGGUGUGCCCCAGUUUUACUUUUUGUAAGAAUCUAAAAUCAAACACAGCCAUGCAAUCUCCAUAUGAAAACAUUGGCUUGGUGACUUUCUCUGUGGCUUCGUGGCUUUCUAUGUGGCUCUGUCACAGGAUUCUACCUUUACAACUCAGUUUGUCAAACAUCUGCGGUGCUAGAGCUGCCUCUGUUCUUAGAAAGCAGAAAUGUGCAGGGCUGUGAAAAGUAUUUGUCUUCUUCCUGAUUAACUUGGUUUCUGCAUAUUUGCCACUCUAAAUGGUUUCAGAUCUCCAUAUAAAAUGGAAUAUUAGAAAAAAAGAAUCCAAGUAAACACACAUUUUUGUUUUUAAGUGAUAAUUUUAUUUAUUUAAUGGAAUCUGCUAUUCAAUACCAACUGGCCCUGAGUGAAAAAGUAAUUACAUCUCUGAACUUAAUACCAGCCCCUUUUCACGUUAAACAGAAACAACUACUAUCUGGGGCUCCCUAAACUUGAAGAUCAGUCUGGUGUAAUUCUGAUUCCUUCAAUGAUGACAAAGUUUCCAGGGCCCAAGGCAGCAAGAGAUCCCUAUACCAUCACACCAACACCUUGUUUUGCUUUUGGUUAUCUUUAUUGUGAAAGGUCAUGUUUUGUAUUUCAUCAGAUAUAAUGGUUUCCAUGUACCCACUUUUGACUUGUCUGUCCACAGAACAUUAUCUCAAAAGUCUUGGGAAUUAUCAUGAUGAGAUGAUCACUAAUUUAUCUCAUGAAUCCAAUUUGCACAGUCUCUUUCCUAUUGUCUAAUUAUGAGAUGAGACUGGAGUGGUCUACAUUUUCUUAGAUGUUGUUCUGGGUGUUGUAGUGACUUCCUAGAUGAGUCAUUGUUUGCUCCCUUGAAGGAUUUUUUUGUAGACCAGUCACCUCUGAGAAGAUGCAUCACUGUUCCAAGUGUUCUACGUUUGGAGAUAAUCGCUAUCACUAAGAAUUCCCAAGGCCUUAGAAAUGACCAUGUAACUUUUUUCUGAUAUAUAUUUUGACACAGUGUCAGUUAGUUUUUUCCUUAAAUAAAUACAAUUAUUUGUUUACUUAAGGUCUCUUUGUCUAACAUUUCUUAUGAAAGUCUGAAACUGCUCAUUGUGAAUGAUAUGCAGAGUAGAGGAAAUCUACGUACUUUUUUACGGCACUGUAGGAACAACAACAAAAAAGUAAUGGGCUCACAGGAUGGGGCCCCCAACUGUCUCAGUGUAUAAUGCAUAACAAUUGUCUAUUUUUGAUUGCAACACCCACUAGCAAGUUCCAAAUUGCUUUCCAGAGCUACAUUAGCAGUAUAACUGUUAUAGAGAUAUUUCUGAAAUGGGUUUCCAUCGCGAAGAUCUCCCUGUGAAAUCAUUGCCAAGCAUUGGGUGAAGUUAUGUAAAAUCAGCUACAGUUGUACUCUAUAGCAAUGUGCUCUCUGGAGUGAUUAUUCCCCACCUUGCAUUCUAAACCUUGGAUUUGGCAGAUGUCAGGAGAACACCACCUGUCUGACUGUACAUUGCCCUCUAUAAUGAUUUAUGGGAGGGAGGGGGGGGGGAUAAUGAUAUUUUACCAUUUAGGUCUCUUGCUUCCAGUGAUUCCAUUUAAACUGCAGGCUGAGGGUGUGUGCACUAUUGUUACAUUCCAUGUGCUGAAGGUGUUUGUUGCCUAGUAUGCAAAGAGUUUGUAAUGCUGAACAUUUCAUCCCAAUGUCUAACCUUUAUGAGCCUUUUGUGGAUCCUCUCAUUUAACCUAUGAUCCAUGAUGAUUUGUACUGCCAAGUAACUGUGGGUCUUGUUUUCUAGUUUGAAUUUGGUCCAUUUGGCUGCAUUCUUCUUACCGUGUCAGUGGUUCUUUCUAGGUCGGUUGAGCUGUAAGUAUCUACAAUUUAUGAUUGCUGACUUGCUAAAAAUAUAAUGUCUCAUAACCUAAGAAAGAGAAUGUAUAAUAAACAUCCGGCAUUAAAAAAAUAAAUGAGCUUUAUUAUGAAUAUCAGUGGGUUAAUCUCUUCCAACUUGUGUACAUUUGUAAAGGUUUUGUUUUUCAAGACAAAUCCCUGCUCGCAUUUUCUCCAGACUGUGGAGAAAAAGAUGUACAGGUCUUCAUUCUGUCAUUCUGGACCCACUCUGCAUUCUACAUCAAGUUUUGUAUGUCAGGCCUCACAGCAGGGUGAGUGAGGGCUUAGACUACACUCAAACUGUACCAGUAUACAGACAUUUUUUUUAAAAUUGUGGUGGCAUUUUAGGAAGCUUCAUUCCCUAAAUAGCCAUUAAAUAAUAGAAAGGUAGAAUGUUACUUUCGUUAAAGAGACACUAUAGUCACCCAGAACACUUCAGCUCAAUGAAGUGAUCUGGGUGCAAGGUCCCUUAGGUUUUAACUCUUUACAUGUAAACAUAGCAGUUUCAGAGAACACGUACAUGUAGCAAUUAUGCUUUAAAUAGAAAGCCAUUUUAUUUAUUUGUUGAACUGAAAUCAAUAUUGGCCAAAGAGUUAUCUUCCAGUUGUAUUAUCAUUCCCAUCAUGCGCUAGUAGCCUUAAAGGAUCACUAUAGGGUCAGGAACACAAACAUGUAUUCCUGACCCUAUAGUGCUAAACCCACCAUUUAGGUGGCUUGUCCCCCUUUAUCCCCCCUAUAAAAGUUUCAAAUUCACCUUAUUUCCAGGGCCACGCGGGUCCGCAGGCACUGGCUCCGCGCUCUUUGUGACAUAAUUGAAAUGGCUGAUUUUUAGCCAAUCCAAUGCUUUCCUAUAGGGAAAGCAUUGGAUUGGCUAAAAUCGGCGCGGGGCGGGGCCACAUGCCAUUUUGGCCAAUCAGGACCUCCUCAUAGAGUUGAAUUGAAUCAGUGCAUCUCUAUGUGGAAAAUUCAGCAUCUCCAUGCAGAGCGUGGGGGGCACUAAACGGCAGGGCUGCUUACUGUGCAGCCCUGAGCCAGGAAGCCCCUCCAGUGGCCAUCUAAGGAGUGGCCACUUGGAGGUGUCCCUAGGGGCAAUGUAAACACUGACUUUUCUCUGAAAAUGCAGUGUUUACAUGAAAAUGCCUAAAGGGAGCUAUUAUGCUCACCAGAACAACUGCAUUAAGCUGCAGUUGUUCUGGUGACUAUAGUAUCCCUUUAAGAUAGGAUGAGAGAGCAUUAUAGGUGGCUGAGGGCUACUUAGUGCUCUUCCCUACCAUACAAUGCAAUAAUAAAGUAGCAACAUUAAGCAUGUACGCUAUGGAAAUAUUGCAUUUUUAUUUUAAUCUAUUAUGACAAGGCUUCACAGCAGGAAGGCUGGCAUACCAUUUAUUAAUAUAACUGCUUCCUGUAAUGUACAUAAUCUUUGUGCAGUUAGCAUUUACUUAGUCACAUUGUUAGUAAGAUACUAUGCAGGAAUUGUUGGCUCUUUGAGAACUCUGUACCCGUAGCUGCUGGUACGGCUAUUGUGCGUUACCGUUUGUUUACAUAGCUGGCAUAUUUCUGGCGUUGCAUAAAAAGUCAGGAAAGGACAUUUGGAUUUUGUCUGUAUUUAGAAUUUUUCCUCUUGUCUGGGAGGUCUCCACUGUUUAUUAAAAUGCCUGCCAGCUUGUAAUCAUGAGGAAUAAACCUCCAAUAUUGAUGCAAACCAAUUGAACGUGGCAAAGCAAGUGUUGCUGCUAUUAACCAUUCAUAGAAACAUAGAAUGUGACGGCAGAUAAGAACCAUUCGGCCCAUCUAGUCUGCCCAAUUUUCUAAAUACUUUCAUUAGUCCCUGGCCUUAUCUUAUAGUUAGGAUAGCCUUAUGUCUAUCCCACGCAUGCUUAAACUCCUUUACUGUGUUAACCUCUACCACUUCAGCUGGAAGGAUAUUCCAUGCAUCCACUAUUAUUUUUAAACCUUUGUCUCUCUAAUUUAAGACUAUGUCCUCUUGUUGUGGUAGUUUUUCUUCUUUUAAAUAUAGUCUCCUCCUUUACUGUGUUGAUUCCCUUUAUGUAUUUUAAUGUUUCUAUCAUAUCCCCCCUGUCUCGUCUUUCCUCCAAGCUAUACAUGUUAAGAUCCUUUAACCUUUCCUGGUAAGUUUUAUCCCGCAAUCCAUGAGCCAGUUUAGUAGCCCUUCUCUGAACCCUCUCUAAGGUAUCAAUAUACAGUUCUACUCAAAAAUAUUUGAAAAACAGGUUUAUUGUCAACAUUUACAGACUUUUAGUUGUUUGCAAUGAACAAAUCAAACAAAAGCAAUUGAAAUAGCUCAAAGCAAUGAAUGUUUUAAGUGGUUUCCCCAAAUUCAACUGAAAAUACAACUUAUAAUGACUUCUCCAGUCUCCAAAUGAUUCCUCCCCUUUAGUGCAAUAACCUUCAGUACUUAGUAGAGCUCCCUUUUGCUGUUAUGACCUACUGCAUACGAGAUGCAUAGCCAGACACCACCUUCUGGCAGCGUUCCUGAGGAAUAUUAGCCCAUUGCUCAUGAGCAAUGGCUUCCAGUUCAGCAAUCUUAUUGCGUUUAUGUGCUACAGCCACCUUCUUCAAAUCCCACAAGAGAUUUUCUAUGGUGUUCAAGUCAUGUGAUUGUGAUGGCCACUGUAGACUUUUCCAUAACUUCUUCUGCAACUAAGCCUUGGUAGAAUUUGAGGUGCGUUUGGGAUCACUGUCUUGUUGAUCCACAUAAUUUAUUUAUUCUAGUGUUAGACAGAAUGUCCAUUAAACUAAACAUGCGCUAUGACUUCCAUUAUGUAACACUCAUGUCUCUUAGAGAGCCUGUUAGUGGAAUGGUCCCAUGUAAAUGGGAUCUUUCACCAUUCCAGUCCCUAUAACAACUGAGGAGGGCCACCUGAGCUUGCAUGAUUCGUCCUCCCCAUUAACAUAAAUCGCUGGUUUGAGGGCUAGCUUUAGAAGGAGUAAGUACAAUAAAGUUUGGUUCAGGGAUGUUGAGUUCAGGCCUCCAAUUGUUUUUAACUUCAACACCCAUAAACUUUUGUUUGUAUGGGAAAUAAUUCUUGAAGUUGAAGUAAAGAUACAUCCCUGUGCUUUACUGCUUCUGUAGCUGUCAGGUCAUAUUAGGUUCCAACAGAAUCAUAAAAUGUGUGGGCAAUGCUAGUGAUGCAAUCAAACCAAGAUGGCCGACCCCAGAAGAUAAGUAUUUGGAAUGGUUAACGCAUCCCCUUACUGAAAAACUGUUUAUAUUCCUUUAAUUACUUCAUUCCAUCCAUCACAUUAACCUAUCUGUUUUUGAUAAAUGAAUGAAAUUGCUUCACUUUUGUUUCACAUGUUUUCCCCUAUCUUGUGGUUAUCAGUAUUUGGCUUUUUUUUUCAGAUUACACCGUCUUUUGAACUUGCCCUUAAGUACUAAUAGUUCGCUAUUGCCAAAAUGUAAUGUGAGCAUCAUUUCUUGCAAGGGAGGAUAAGCUUGUUUUUUUUUUUCUUGGAACUCAUAGUAGAACAAGUGUUUCACCACUGUUACCCAAUAAAUAAUUAUUUAAACAGUUUUAGACGCAAUAUGUUACCUUAUAAUUAUUCAUUUAUUUAUAAAGUCCCAGCAUAUUCUUCAGCACUAUAGAAUUAAAUGCUACAAUUUAUUUAUUUUUUGUACAUAAUGCAUUUAAUGCAUUAGUUACAUUAAAUCUCCUGGGAUUUGCUGUUUGGGUUUAAAGGACCACUGUAGGCAACCAGACCACUUUAGCUUAAUGAAGUGGUCUGGGUGCCAGGUCCAGCUAGGGUUAACCCUUUUUUUAUAAACAUAACAGUUUCAGAGAAACUGCUAUGUUUAUAAUAGGGUUAAUCCAGCCUCUAAAGCUUCUAGUGGCUGUCUCAUUGACAGCCGCUAGAGGCGUUUGCGUGCUUCUCACUGGGAAAAUCACAGUGAGAAGACGCAAGCGUCCAUAGGAAAGCAUUCUGAAUGCUUUCCUAUGAGACUGGGUGAAUGCGCGCAGCUCCUGCCGCGCAUGCGCAUUCAGCCGAAGAGGAGGAGAGGAGGAGGAGAGCUCCCCGCCCAGCGCUGAAGAAAGGGGUAAGUUUAACCCCUUCCUCUCCCCAGAGCCCGGCGGGAGGGGGUCCCUGAGGGUGGGGGCACACUCAGGGCACUAUAGUGCCAGGAAAACUAGUAUGUUUUCCUGGCACCAUAGUGGUCCUUUAACAGUUUUGCUUAUUUUGUGAUGUAAAAGUAAUUUAGUCAUUUCUCCGUACAAGAGAGGAAGAUAGUGAAAGCCUACUGAGAUUUUUGUAAAUUCCACAAGUAGGUUUACAGAAGACAGAGUUCAUCUCUUAAAAGCAUAUGCAAAAUUUUUUUUUUAUAUAAAUAAAUAAAAUGGGUAAAACAAAUAUGUUUCUACCCCGGCUCAAAAAGACUGAGAGGUGGCCCAUACUUUUAAAAAGUUAACUACAUAAACUACUGAACUCUUGAUUACAGCUUCCGUUAUUCCGUUAUGAUCUAAUAUGCAGAUGCAUUCAGCUGACUUCUAAUUGUAAAUUUCCACAUUGUUUACAGCUAAAUAUGCAAUUAAAACAUCCUCCUUUUGUCACAUGUAGUCAAUCUGUCAAGCAGAUUUCAAUCGUCUUGACGUGUUUACUUUUUUAUUUCGGAUGCUUUUGAUGGGAUUUUUCCCAUAGACUUUAUCCUAGGUCUUUCUGUGGACCUUUUGUGAACUUGGCACUAUUGUAAAGGAAUGUCUUUUGAAGGCAUUAUAAAAUCAUUCUAAAAAUAAUUUAUUUUACGAAAUGACCAAAAGUGCUUUAUUAACUGAUGUCUCCAUUGUUGAUUUUCCCAAUGGUCGGAGUAACAAUGUUUUGUACAUCCAAACAUAGCUGCCCUUCACUUCUCACUACCUAGUAGAGUUUACUUAAAGAGACAUUUUUAUUCUAAAGGGAAAUCACUUUCUAAUAGCCCACUAAUAUAUAUGUAUAUCUUUUUUUAUUUUGUUUAAAGGAACCCUCUGUUUUCCUGUGCUGGCAAAGGCUGACGUAUAAUAUAAAUGUCAUGAUUCCCUGCACAUGACCACAUUGAAGCGGAGAAGCAUGGUGACUCUUAGACACCAUUUAAAAAAUGGGCCCGUUCCAAGGGGUUAUUUGUCUCGUCUUCCCAUGUUCCAAGAACACACAUACAUGCUGGUUGUGUGAAUUAAGGCUGUUUGUUGCUAAUGUCCCAACUUGAACAAAAUCUUUUUAACCCUGUGAUUGUUGGGGUUAGAAUAAAUAAAUGAAGCUUAAAUAACCCAUCACUACUUCUUCUGAUCUCUAACCUGCAGCAUUUCAUCUCUGAGCUCUAAUUAACACUGAGCUCUAAUUAACACUGCUGUAUGUGGCAGCCUGAUAUUUAACUGAAUAAUUUAUCCAAUGCAGCAAGGUUUGUUAGUUGUGGUUUAGCGAUCAGCUUUUCACUGAAACCUGGAAAUUACCCCGUUGAUAAAAAAACAGCUAUAGGAGCAGACACAUCUGUAGGUGCACCAGGAUUUCCUGAGGCACUUUUUGGUUUGGUAAGCACUCACUACAGAGGCUGCUAUUUAUUUAAGAACUUUGAAGCUACGUCUUUUUUGUUUGUUUGUUUUUAAGAUUUUAAAGUUGUAUUUGUAUGGUUUUUGUUUUAUCUAUGUAUUGUAUUUAAAAAUGGAGGUGAGGAGGUCAAUUUCCACCAGAUUAAACCCUUUUACAUUAUUUCGAGAGAUAAGCUACGUUUCCAUGAUUCAUCCCUGGAUACAAUGAUCACUCACAGAACUUGUGUUACUUGAACUUGGUAGCCUUAAAAUCACAGCUGCUGAAAGUUUCAAACUCAUACUGUACAACCCAGCACAUUGUUUGACAAAUGUUUCCAAGUGCAAUUUACUUAAACUGUUUUUUUUUUUUUUUUAAUCUCAAAUUAGAAUCCAGAUAGCCCCAAAUUCCCCUUGGCCUUGGUUUCACAAUUUGUUAAUUUUCUGCCAGAAAAACCACUCCCAGCAAACAGUCCUUAAUUUCCUGAUUUCCCAGAUGCCUUAUCGUUUUCACGUAUUCAAUGCAGAUUCCCCUCUUGGCAACAAUGAAUAUCUUACAACUGUUAGAAACAAUACUGCUGAUACUGUAACCUGCAAUCUGCUUACAGGGUUCUACAAGAUUUUGAUGUACCUACAAACAACUUAAUUGGUGCCCAUGCAUACUGCACUCAAGUAAGUAAUGAUGGUCUGCUAUUAUUAUCUAAUAGAUGGGUAUACAUGACUGCUGGCCAGUAUGUAAUGUCUUAUCUGGGUUACAGCAUGUAUUACUAAUUCCAGGUACCAAGUAGCCAUGGAUUCUUAAUCUGUUACUGUGACAGCCUCAUUUUUGUUUGUUAAUGCUGUAUCAGUGUUUGAGAUUUUAGACUUUUUUUCACAAGUCUCUUUAAAAUGUGUUUUAUUUAUUUAUUUUGCUGAAACCCUGCCAUCUUUCCAAUCGUGUAUCAUUAAAGGUAUUUGCACUGCACAAGGGCAGGGCAAGGCCCGGGGUUGGAGUCACGGACGCCUUCUUACCCUACUGAGCUAAACCAUUUUUGAAAGUUUGAACCUAAGUAUUGUCCUCUUGGGAGCCCGACAGCACUGAAUUCUGUCACCUUUCCUGGCCGCCGUAAUACAGAAAGGUUUGUCUUGGUAGCCAGCAACAGGCUGAGACUGGCCGCCCAUCACGAAUAAUACUACAUAUUGCUACUCUCAAUGGGUGGCCAAUGCAAGCUCACACUUCUAGCCUACCACUAGCCAUAAAGGCAAAACCUUCAUAAUUCUGUGGCAGCUAGUGGAGACAGUGCUGAUAGGCGCUGAGGGGACAACAUUGAGGCUAAACCGUUCGAAAGGUAAGAUGACACUUAGCUCUGCAGCACUGUAUUGCCAAAAAAACAAAAGCAUAUUCAGGAACGUCCAGGGAAUUAACAGUUGUUCUUUAAUGCACAUGUUAAUUCAGUUGUUAUGGUACAUAUGCUGGUACAGCCACUACACCAGAGUGGCAGCAAUGACUAUAGUACACAUCAGCCACAAUUAAUACAUUAAAAACCAAAUAAAAAAGUUAUUUGCACACUAUCCCUAAUCCCUAUGCACAUUUACUUUCAUUAUCCCGCCAAUAGCCAUUAAAAUGUAAACUCACCUGCCACGGCAAGACAAAACCUCUUAGAUGAGUGAUACUAAAAAAACCUCUACUAAUAAGAUGAUGAUGAAAAAACUCCGGUUAUUCAAAUAUACAUAGGGAUUUGGGAUAGUGCGCAGGUAACUUUUUUUCUUUGAAGUUGUUAUGGUGUCUGGAGAUCCUGAGCAUAAUCUUACUUUAUGGGGUUAAACAUUUUUUGAACGGUUUAACGCCAAAGUACUGUUGAGAGCACCGAUGUGCUCUUUUUGAAAUAAAUACUUUUUAUUCAUUUUAAGACAUAAUCACAAAAACACAGAAAAUGUGAAACAAUUUUCCAUAUAAAGAAAGAAUACAUCCAAUCAUUACAGCAAUAUUGAGAUUAUUAUAGUCCAUACCAAUACAAUUAAAUGUCUGACAUAUCUGAGCAUUUGAAAAGACAAGACACACCUAUACUAACAGGACAAGAAUUACAAAACAUUGUGUGCAACGGGGAGAGUGGAUCUUCUUACCAAACUAUCUAAUGCUUUAGACUAUUAGUAGGGAGGAGAAAGUUAUUAGACAAAAUUAGGGAAUUUUAUUAUCCGUUUUGAAUUUCUCAUAUUGACAAUGGGUUAAAUAAUUGCCUUUUUCCAUUUGAACCUGAUGUCGAAUUUGAUUAAUUACCAUAUUGACCUAUAUAGUAUCAGGUUGAUGCCAUUUCCUGGCAAUUAUAAUUUUUAAAACCAAAAAGCUUUGCAUGACCAUAACUUUAUAUUUAUUCGGUAUUAUGUCUAAGUUCAAAUGAAACAGAGCUCUUUCAAUCGUUGGUGGAAUAAUAUUAGUAAGAGUGGAUAGGAUUCCAAAGAUAUCCAUCCAGACCUUCUCUAUGUUUGUACAACUACACCAUAUAUGACUAAAGGUUCCCACAGUUUCAUUACAUCUACAGCACCAAUGUACUCUUCAUAGCACUAGUCUGCUCGGCCCUCUGUCUCCUCCUCCAUGUCACGUGUUCAUCCGCUGAUAAAAAUGUGGUUAACGGCAUUUACUGUCCACACAGGAAAAAUUGUGCCGAGCAGCAACCAAAUCCACAGAAGGGUUAAUGCUGAGCAGUAAUUAUGCAAAUGGGAACAUGGUAACUGCCUUUGGGGUCAAAGGCCGGUUACAGCCUAUCAGAUCUAGAGGUGGGGUAUUUAGGCCCAGUUCAUAUCCUACUCUGUGCCCUGUCGUGGUUUCCCUUGUGGUUGUCCGAGAGCUCGUUAUCGAUUCUGGUUAUUCUGGUAUUUUGACUUUGGCAUUGAUUUUGACUUCCCUGUUUUCUGGUAUCCCUGACUCCUGGCUUUUCCUUAUCAUUGUGUCUCUUUCUGUAUCCCUUGACCUUGGCUAUUCCUGACUAUUCUUUGUCCGGCCAUUGUAAGGUCCGGUAUACGUUACCUAUCAGUCCUUUGUGUUACACAAUUCUACGUGCUGGAUCAUACUGUAAUCCUAACACUCCGGACACUGCUCCAAUGUGGUAGUCUUUCUUUUCCUUGAGCUUUAGAGAUAUAUAAAUAUAUUUAUUUCUUUUUUCAUUUAUGGCCCACCCUGUAAAAAAAUAAAGUAAAGAAAAUCCAAUUAAGUCAUCAGUUAUGUUGACUUUUUUCCAAUCCAGUGCAAAGAGGACAUAAGUUGCAUAUGCAACAAUCACCUCACUCCGCCAGUCAAACCAUUUUCACAGAGAAGCAUUGAAUUCUAAUUAACAUUGCUGUAUGUGGCAGCCUCAUAUUUAACUGAAUCAUUUAUCCAAUGCAGCAAGGUUUGUUAGUUGUGCUUUAGCGAUCGGCUUUUCACAGCUAUAGGAGCAGACACAUUUGUAGGUGCACCAGGAUUUCCUGAGCCACUUUUUGGCUACUACAUUAUCAUUCUGUGUGUGACUGCGCUGAAUAUGAAAAACUUCAAUUUUCAAAGGUCUUCGAAGAAUAAUUGUCUCUAAUGGCCAACAGUAUGGCAGCCACCAGACAGAAUACAUGUGCCAAAAACACUUCAAUAAAAUUUGAUUUUAGGGCUAAGAGCUUGCCAUUGACAUAUACAGAUUUAUACUUCUAUGGUGGUUCUUGUCACUAUUACACGCACAGAUUUUGUUACACAACAGCAAAAGACAGAUAUGUCAGUGGAAAUUUACCUUAUCUUGUGAUAAUAAUACUCCUUUUUGAAUUCCAAGGUCAAUAGGUGACUUAUUUUUAACAACAUACAAGUAUUUUUAAAAUAUCCCAGCACUUAAAAUAUCAAAUCAUUAAUGGAAAUAUUGUAAUUUAUCCAACAUAAAUGGACUAAAUUGGACCGACUUCCUUGCUUUGUAAUGAGGGGGAAGUCAACAACUUUUGGCAACAGUGCAAAUUAGUUUGAAAGAUAUUUAGUAAUUACUAAAGUAGGAUCUAUACCUGUGCACAGUAGUAACGUUGAAUGUAGAGCCAUAGUUCGCCAUUUUCAUAAAUACUUUGGUUUCAUCGCAACCUGCCACUGGUGUCUGUAAGCAAACAUGACAACAUCUUAAAGAAUGGGUGAUUAGCAGAAAUGCAAAUAAAGCUCCUGAUAACUGGGGUGCAGUCCUCUCACAUCACAGACAGGGAAUUAUUAUGCAAUAUAAGCCUCUCCGAGGUUGAUCUUUUUGCCUACCCAUUAUAAGUUAUGUUUGGUGACUGUUGGACUCUCCUCAUUAGAUUCAGAAGGCUGGUGGUACUGACCUCUCUUCUCCAACCUGUUACUUUAUGGUCCAAAUAAAGCGAUUGAUAGUCCCUAGACUAUUAUCUGGAGGGACCAGUUAAUUUUUACCUCCCAUCGAUUAUCCUAUACGUGGGAAUGUAAAAAAUUGCAAAAAUGUGCCAUACGUGGGGGAGUUGUAAUUGUAAUGUUCCCCAUUGUUAAAGGUUAUCCUAAAUACUCCUUCUAAUUAUUACCAAAGCUUUUUCCCAUAGGCAUUGGAUUGGCUAAAAUUGGCAUGGGGGCGGGGCCAAAUGACAUUUUGGCCAAUCAGGACCUCCUCAUAGAUAUGCAUUGAAUGAAUGCAUCUCUCUGUGGAAAAUUCAGCGUCUCCAUGCAGAGCGUUUUUUAGGGGCUGUUUUUUAGGCAGCACUGACCCAGGAAGCACCUCCAGUGGCCAUCUAAGGAGUGGCCACUUGGAGGUGUCCCUAGAGGCAAUGAAAAGUUUCCAUUAUAUCUUAAUUGCGCCAAAAUCAUAUUAUAUUUAAUAUAAUAUAAGUUUGUAUCUGUCAUACAUCUUUGUCAAUCAGAUAUCAGUUAUUUUGCGUUUCCUACGUGGUUUGGCAGAGUACAUACACACACAUGUCAUUUAAAUUACCUUAUGACAAAUGUGAAAUACAAGCAGUCCACACUGGCUGGAGAAGGAAACAAGGGGCUUUGGCAGCGCUGCCUGUGUCCCAGUGCAGAGGAAAAUGGACUGGUCUUGCUUGAUUGAUUUCCUAUAUUUAAAGUCCAGCAAACGUCUGCAAUGAGAAGUUAAACCUUUCACCCCAGUGUUUGGGAGGAAGGCAAUCAUGGAAAGUGCAGGUGCCUGUAUCCUUGCUUUGAUUACAGUGACCACAAGCAAUGUUUUUGCUUUUGUAUUCUUUCCAGGUGCGUCAGAAUUCCAUUGGUUUAGAGAACUUAAAGGGACACACCUAGCAACAUAAAAGCUAUAGCAUGCUGUCGUAUUUAUAGUUUCCCUGCAAAAUUACCUUUUAUGUCCUGUACAGAUUCCUUGAAUUUUAGCUAGAUCUGCAGUGCCCACACUGCAUCCCUUUUGCUCCAGAUGGCCUCACAGCCUUCACACCCCGUGCAAGUCAGGCUCCGGAAUCUGCAGCACCUGUUCUGUGAGCUCUGAGUAAUGGAGGGACCACUGAACCAUUCACACUCACAGCAUCAAUCGUGCAAGUGAAGGAUGUUGGCUUGAACGGUGUGAAUAGAACUGCAGGCUCUCACUCUACAAGGACUUGGAUGGCUGAAUGGAUUAGAAAUGCCUCAAAUGACAUUGGUAGAAAUUAGGCAUGGGCUUCAGAAUUUAAUAGAAAAUACUAAUAAUAAUAAAUAAAACACAGCAGAGGUUUGAAUGGUAAGUGCUCAAGGAAGAUUUGAAGCUUGCAUGUGCCUUUAAGUUAUUAAAGUGGUUAAUUACCUUAAAGGGACACUGUAGGCACCCAGACUACUUCAGCUUAUUGAAGUGGUCUGGGUGCUGUGUCCCGUUUGCACUUAGUGCUGCAAUGUUAAACAUUGCAGUUCCAGAGAAACUGCUAUGUUUACAUUGCAGCUCUAAAUCUGCUCUUAGUGGCUGUCUACUAGACAGCCACUAGAGUGUUUCCGGAAUCCUAACGGACCUUUGGGUUCGGUAUCUGAUGCUGGACGUCCUCAUGCUCUGCAUGCAGCAUCAGAAUUUUUCCCAUAGGAAAGCAUUGAUUCCAUUUUUUUUUCUUAUGGGGAGGCCUAAUGUGUGCGCAGCAUUUGCUGCACAUGCACAUUAGAGCUCACUCGUCGCAGGAUGUCAAGUAUACUGUUCUGAAUGUAAUCUUCUUUAAAAAAAAAAAAAGUCAACUUGAUGCUUGCAUUAUAUUCAUAAUAUUGUCUUUAAAAUGAUACAUAUGCUGAGAGAUAAUUGCUGAAAUAUUUUAUAAACCGUAUGGUAAAUUAAUUUAUAUUAUACCUAAUUGUCACAUGACUUGCUUUAGAUCGUAUAGAUAAAGUGCCACUUUCUCAUGUUACUGAUAGAAUAUCAAUUAUUAUUCCACACAGUAUGGCUACCAGGAGACAUCUUAUUAAGAUGUUACAUAAUUAUUUGCUGUUUAAACGUAUAACUUUACACCAUCUAGUUUUUAUGCAAUAUGGGGAUGACACAUUAAAAAUCCAUAAAAACACUUCUCCAUGUGAAUGUAUUUUUUGGCUGCAGUUAUGCAUCAACAUGGAAGUGGCUGAGAUUUCAUUCCAUUUAUUUUUAUAUCGAAGGAUGUAUAUAUCCCAUAGAACUGUUUGCAGUAGAGGUCUGUAUAGUUCAGGCUUCAUUGAAAAUGAAAUCUGAUUAAAAUCACUUGGUAAAAGAAUGAAUUGAUUGAAGCCAGUAGAGUACGUAGCAUCAUUUGUGUUUUUAGAAUGAAUGAAGCUACAUAAGACCACACUCACAUUGCUCUUCUACUCUUGUAGAAAUCUUCAUAAUAAUUUGUCACAUGCCGAGGAAGCACAUGCAGUGAGUCUGGCAAAUCAGUGCAGCUAAAAUGAAAAAGCACAAAGAGAUACAGUAACCGCGAGUACCCUUCUACAUAGUCUAUGCCUGGAAUCUACACGGUUCUUGUAGAACAUUUUGAUACUACCGCAUCAGAAAGAUUUUUAUCUGCUGACCCCAAGUCAACCAUUGACCAGAAAGAAAUACUGUGUGUUUGUUGCUCGUAGACUUUUUAGUGCAUUAGUAAUGCUUUUCUGAUACUGAUAACAUGAAAAUAAUGAUUCUGUGUGUAAAACAGCAGAUGGCUGAGAACAUGAAAGAAAGAUUUAGUGAUUUUAUUAGAUGCUAUGGAAUUUGGUGCUUUAUAAAUAGUAACAAUACUGGCACAUUAUAAUGUCAUAGAAAAAGAGGACAAACCUACUACUGCAACCCACUCUAGCGUUAAUGAUAACAGGAUCACCCUGUUGAAGUUUGCCUCUUCUCUGGAUCCCACCAGGUACCAAGCUUCCUCCAGCUCUGACUGACCACCAUCUGGCUUCUAAAGUCAGCUGAGCACUCUCAGGCAAUGAAUGAAACUCUGUGCAAGAAAUAUGCCCAGAAUUGGCAUUCCAGGCUGGCUAACGAAGCAGUCUGGCAGCUAGCCUAAACAUCUCUGUAUGACCAGGACUUAAUAUCUCCAGCUAGCCUAAACCUCUCUGUAUGAGCAGGACUAAAUAUCUCUAGCAAGCCUAAACAUCUCUGUAUGAGCAGGGCUAAAUAUCUCCAGCUAGCCUAAACCUCUCUGUAUGAGCAGGUCUUAAUAUCUCCAGCUAGCCUAAACAUCUCUGUAUGAGCAGGACUUAAUAUCUCCAGCUAGCCUUAACAUCUCUGUAUGACCAGGACUUAAUAUCUCCAGCUAGCCUAAACCUCUCUGUAUGAGCAGGACUAAAUAUCUCUAGCAAGCCUAAACAUCUCUGUAUGAGCAGGGCUAAAUAUCUCUAGCUAGCCUAAACCUCUCUGUAUGAGCAGGUCUUAAUAUCUCCAGCUAGCCUAAACCUCUCUGUAUGAGCAGGUCUUAAUAUCUCCAGCUAGCCUAAGCAUCUCUGUAUGAGCAGGACUUAAUAUCUCCAGCUAGCCAAACAUCUCUGUAUGAGCAGGUCUAAAUAUCUCCAACUAGCCUAAACAUCUCUGUAUGAGCAGGUCUAAAUGUCUCUAGCUAGCCUAAACCUCUCUGUAUGAGCAGAACUUAAUAUCUCCAGCUAGCCUAAACAUCUCUGCAUGAGCAGGACUUAAUAUCUCCAGCUAGCCUAAACAUCUCUGUAUGAGCAGGACUUAAUAUCUCUAGCUAGCCUAAAUAUCUCCGUAUGAGCAGGUCUAAAUAUAUAUAGCUAGCCUAAAGAUCUCUGUAUGUGCAGGACUAAAUAUCUCUAGCUAGCCCAAACCUCUCUGCAUGAUCAGGUCUAAAUAUCUCCAGCUAGCCUAAACAUUUGUAUGAGCAGGACUUAAUAUCUCCAGCUAGCCUAAACAUCUCUGUAUGAGCAGGACUUAAUAUCUCCAACUAGCCUAAACAUCUCUGUAUGAGCAGGACUUAAUAUCUCCAGCUAGCCUAAACAUCUCUGUAUGAGCAGGUCUAAAUAUCUCCAGCUAGCCUAAACAUCUCUGUAUGAGCAGGACUUAAUAUCUCCAACUAGCCUAAACAUCUCUGUAUGAGCAGGUCUAAAUAUCUCCAGCUAGCCUAAACAUCUCUGUAUGAGCAGGACUUAAUAUCUCUAGCUAGCCUAAACCUCUCUGUAUGAGCAGGACUUAAUAUCUCUAGCUAGCCUAAACCUCUCUGUAUGAGCAGGACUAAAUAUUUCUAGCUAGCCUAAACCUCUCUGUAUGAGCAGGACUUAAUAUAUCCAGCUAGCCUAAACAUCUCUGUAUGUGCAGGACUUAAUAUCUCCAGCUAGCCUAAACAUCUCUGUAUGUGCAGUACUAAAUAUCUCUAGCUAGCCUAAACAUCUCUGCAUGAGCAGGUCUAAAUAUCUCCAGCUAGCGUAAAAAUCUCUGUGUGAGCAGGCUUCUAAAGUCAGCUGAGCACUCUCAGGCAAUGAAUGAAACUCUGUGCAAGAAAUAUGCCCAGAAUUGGCAUUCCAGUCUGGCCAACGAAGUAGUCUGGCAGCUAGCCUAAACAUCUCUGUAUGACCAGGACUAAAUAUCUCCAGCUAGCCUAAACCUCUCUGUAUGAGCAGGACUAAAUAUCUCUAGCAAGCCUAAACAUCUCUGGAUGAGCAGGGCUAAAUAUCUCUAGCUAGCCUAAACCUCUCUCUAUGAGCAGGUCUUAAUAUCUCCAGCUAGCCUAAACCUCUCUGUAUGAGCAGGUCUUAAUAUCUCCAGCUAGCCUAAACAUCUCUGUAUGAGCAGGACUUAAUAUCUCCAGCUAGCCUAAACAUCUCUGUAUGAGCAGGACGUAAUAUCUCCAGCUAGCCAAACAUCUCUGUAUGAGCAGGUCUAAAUAUCUCCAGCUAGCCUAAACAUCUCUGUAUGAGCAGGACUUAAUAUAUCCAGCUAGCCUAAACAUCUCUGUAUGUGCAGGACUUAAUAUCUCCAGCUAGCCUAAACAUCUCUGUAUGAGCAGGACUUAAUAUUUCCAACUAGCCUAAACAUCUCUGUAUGAGCAGGUCUAAAUAUCUCUAGCUAGCCUAAACCUCUCUGUAUGAGCAGGACUUAAUAUCUCCAGCUAGCCUAAACAUCUCUGCAUGAGCAGGACUUAAUAUCUCCAGCUAGCCUAAACAUCUAUGUAUGAGCAGGAUUAAAUAUCUCUAGCUAGCCUAAAUAUCUCCGUAUGAGCAGUUCUAAAUAUAUAUAGCUAGCCUAAACAUCUCUGUAUAUGCAGGACUAAAUAUCUCUAGCUAGCCCAAACCUCUCUGCAUGAGCAGGUCUAAAUAUCUCCAGCUAGCCUAAACAUCUGUAUGAGCAGGACUUAAUAUCUCCAGCUUGCCUAAACAUCUCUGUAUGAGCAGGACUUAAUAUCCCCAGCUAGCCUAAACAUCUCUGUAUGAGCAGGACUUAAUAUAUCCAGCUAGCCUAAACAUCUCUGUAUGUGCAGGACUUAAUAUCUCCAGCUAGCCUAAACAUCUCUGUAUGAGCAGGACUUAAUAUUUCCAACUAGCCUAAACAUCUCUGUAUGAGCAGGUCUAAAUAUCUCUAGCUAGCCUAAACCUCUCUGUAUGAGCAGGACUUAAUAUCUCCAGCUAGCCUAAACAUCUCUGCAGGAGCAGGACUUAAUAUCUCCAGCUAGCCUAAACAUCUAUGUAUGAGCAGGAUUAAAUAUCUCUAGCUAGCCUAAAUAUCUCCGUAUGAGCAGUUCUAAAUAUAUAUAGCUAGCCUAAACAUCUCUGUAUAUGCAGGACUAAAUAUCUCUAGCUAGCCCAAACCUCUCUGCAUGAGCAGGUCUAAAUAUCUCCAGCUAGCCUAAACAUCUGUAUGAGCAGGACUUAAUAUCUCCAGCUUGCCUAAACAUCUCUGUAUGAGCAGGACUUAAUAUCCCCAGCUAGCCUAAACAUCUCUGUAUGAGCAGGACUUAAUAUCUCCAGCUAGCCUAAACAUCUCUGUAUGAGCAGGUCUAAAUAUCUCUAGCUAGCCUAAAUAUCUAUGUAUGUAUGUGCAGUACUAAAUAUCUCUAGCUAGCCUAAACAUCUCUGCAUGAGCAGGUCUAAAUAUCUCCAGCUAGCGUAAAAAUCUCUGUGUGAGCAGGCUUCUAAAGUCAGCUGAGCACUCUCAGGCAAUGAAUGAAACUCUGUGCAAGAAAUAUGCCCAGAAUUGGCAUUCCAGGCUGGCUAACGAAGUAGUCUGGCAGCUAGCCUAAACAUCUCUGUAUGACCAGGACUAAAUAUCUCCAGCUAGCCUAAACCUCUCUGUAUGUGCAGGACUAAAUAUCUCUAUCAAGCCUAAACAUCUCUGUAUGAGCAGUGCUAAAUAUCUCUAGUUAGCCUAAACCUCUCUGUAUGAGCAGGACUAAAUAUCUCUAGCUAGCCUAAACCUCUCUAUAUGAGCAGGACUUAAUAUCUCCAGCUAGCCUAAACCUCUCUAUAUGAGCAGGACUUAAUAUCUCCAGCUAGCCUAAACCUCUCUGUAUGAGCAGGACUUAAUAUCUCUAUCUAGCCUAACUAUCUCUAGCUAGCCAAACAUCUCUGUAUGUGCCCGGCCCUCUUUAUCCAGUGCUCCCGUAUGUCAAAGUGUUUUAAAUUAUUUAUUUAUUAUUUUAUUUAUUUAUAAAAUAUUUUACCAGGAAGGAUACAUUGAGAUUUCUCUCGUUGCCCUGGGUCCACACAACAUUGUUUGUCUUGUUUUACCCAUUUUACAGAGCUGCGGAAUAUCUUGGCGCUAUAUAAAUAAUUGUACUUGUUUCAUUCUUAAAACACUGCACAUACAGGCUCCUUGAACCAUGCUGGCUGGAAUAACCCGUUACAAUUGAAGAGUGUGUACAAAUAGUUUAUAUUAUAUAUUGUAUCCUAAUAUUUAACUUUGGCAAAGAAUUGUUUGUUUUAAAUAGCAUUUAAAACAAACAUACCAAAGAACAUAAAUAAUGUAGAACUCUGGAUUAACAGAUUGAGUUCUACAUUAUUUAUAGACAUUAUUUAUGUGUAUGGCCAAGAAAUUGAAGGACAAUAUAUAUAAUUAGUUUUUUUCAAAUAUACUUUUCAUUGAAUAUGAGUAACACGUACUAAAACAUACACUACUGUAUACAUACACAUAGUCAUGAAAAGCGAUUCUCACAGGAGUUACAAAUAAAGGACAGCAAACAUGCAUCACAGUGAAUCAAAAACUAUUUUUUUAAUAUAAUAAUUAUUUCAUCACGUUUUGAAAGGUAAUAGAUUUUUUUUUUUUUUUAAAUUAAGUAUAUGUAAAAAGAAAAAUAAGAAAAAGUUACCCCUACCUUCAGUAUAUGACAUCUACAUAGACUUUGGUUCAGACAGUGUUUGAUAACAGUUAGUAUCUAUGGUCUUCCUGGCUUCACUCCCUGCACCUAGUGUUUGAUAACCGACAGUUAGUCUCUAUGGUCUUCCUGGCUUCACUCCCUGCACCUAGUGUUUGAUAACCGACAGUUAGUCUCUAUGGUCUUCCUGGCUUCACUCCCUGCACCUAGUGUUUGAUAACCGACAGUUAGUCUCUAUGGUCUUCCUGGCUUCACUCCCUGCACCUAGUGUUUGAUAACCGACAGUUAGUCUCUAUGGUCUCCCCUGCUUCACUCCCUGCACCUAGUGUUUGAAAACCGACAGUUCGUCUCUAUGGUCUCCCCGCUUCACUCCCUGCCCCUAGUGUUUGAAAAACGACAGUCUCCCCUGCUUCACUCCCUGCCCCUAGUGUUUGAUAACCGACAGUUAGUCUCUAUGGUCUCCCCGCUUCACUCCCUGCCCCUAGUGUUUGAAAAACGACAGUCUCCCCUGCUUCACUCCCUGCACCUAGUGUUUGAAAACCGAAAGUUAGUCUCUAUGGUCUUCCUGGCUUCCUCCCUACCCUAGUGUUUUGAUAACCGACAGUUAGUCUCUAUGGUCUUCCAGCUUCACUCCCUGCACCUAGUGUUUGAUAACCGACAGUUAGUCUCUAUGGUCUUCCUGGCUUCACACCCUGCACCUAGUGUUUUGAUAACCGACAGUUAGUCUCUAUGGUCUUCCUGGCGUCACUCCCUGCAUCUAGUGUUUGAUAACCGACAGUUAGUCUCUAUGGUCUUCCCGGCUUCACUCCCUGCACCUAGUGUUUGAUAACUGACAGUUAGUCUCCCUGCACCUAGUGUUUGAUAACCGACAGUUAGUCUUUAUGGUCUUCCUGGCUUCACUCUCUGCACACAACCAAGGAACACUUGUCCCAAGGUGCGUGUAUGUGUCUGUUAUAUACUAAAGGCAGGGAUGAGUUUUUCUAUUGUUUUUAAAUUUACUUCCUUUAAAAAAUGUUUCCUUUUACAACUUAAUGAGAGGAUUAUUGCAUUAAAAAUAUUUUUGAGGUGACCAUUGCCCGUUAAUAUUGGAUGCAGAUAUGCUAAAUAGUUGACCAGCAACUCACACAAGAUGCCUAGACAGCCUGAACAUUAAGACAAGCUACACAGGGACAUUUUAAGCAAAAUUCUGAUUGUUGUCCUAAUUACAGUAGAUGUAGUGAUUUGCCAAACAUGCAACUGUUAAUAGACAGACUUGUUUGACACAUUGGCUUGUAUCGGCAAUCAAAAUUGAUGUGUAGCAUUGGUAAAACGCGCUCCUUGAAUUUCCUUUUUCAAAAGCAUAAGCCACAUGUGAUUGUUACUCAUAUCAAAGACAUUGCUGAGUGAAUGUGUGGAUGUACAAUGUCCAAAGUAUUACAGAGAUCUAGGGAGAUUAUAAGCAGGGCCGGCCUUAGGGGUGUGCGAGCUGUGCGGCCGCACAGGGCGCCAUGGCAGCAGGGGGCGCCCUAUGGCUGACACAGCUUGCACACCCCCUGCCCUCUACCAGGGCUUAGCAGCGAAAGAGACUGUAGGAGGCGGAGCCAAGCAGCAGAUGGGGGCGGAGCCAAGUGGUCGGCGGGGGCGGAGCUAACCGAGGCCUGAAUCUGCUGCCUGGUAAGUGAGACCAUAGUGCCCCUGCUCCCCCUAUAGUACCCCUGUUCCCCAUCUAUCCCUAUAGUUCCCCCCUCUUCCCCUAUAGUGCACACUCUGCCCCUAUAGUAACCCUGUUCCCCAUCUAUCCCUAUAGUGCCCCCCUCUUCCCCUAUAGUAAUCCUGUUCCCCAUCUAUCUCUAUAGUGCCCCCCUCUACCCCUAUAGUAACCCUGUUCCCAAUGUAUCCCUUUAGUGCCCCCCUCUUCCCCUAUAGUACCCCUGUUCCCCAUAUAUACCUAUAGUGCCCCCUCUACCCCUAUAGUGCCCCCAUCUACACCUAUAGUGCCCCUGCUCCCCUUAUAGUACCCCUGUUCCCCAUCUAUCCCUAUAAUGCCUGCCUCUACCCCUAUAGUGCCCCUAUUCCCCUUAUAGUACCCCUGUUCCCCAUCUAUCCCUAUAGUGCCCCCAUCUACACCUAUAGUGCCCCUGCUCCCCUUAUAGUACCCCUGUUCCCAUCUAUCCCUACAGUGCCCCUGCUCCCACUAUAGUACCCCUGUUCCCCAUCUAUCCCUAUAGUGCCCCCGUCUACACCUAUAGUACCCCUGUUCCCAUCUAUCCCUACAGUGCCCCUGCUCCCACUAUAGUACCCCUGUUCCCCCUCUACCCCUAUAGUGCCCCUGCUCCCCCUAUAGUACACCUGUUCCCCAUCUAUCCCUAUAGUGCCCCCCUCUACCCCUAUAGUGCCCCCUCUACUCCUAUAGUGCCCCCUCUCCUCCUAUAGUACCCAUGUUCCCCAUCUAUCUCUAUAGUUCCCCCUAUCUACCUCUAUAGUGCCCCUGCUCCUCGAUCUACCCCUAUAGCACCCCUGCUCCCCAUCUACCCCUAUAGUGCUUCCCCAUUUACCCCUAUAGUGUACCUGAUCCCUCCAUCUACCCCUAUAGUGCCCAUGCUCCUUAUCUAUCCCUAUUGUGCCCAUGCUCCCCCUAUAUUGCCAUUGUUCCCUGUCUACCCUAGUGACACUGCUCCCCUUAUCUACUGCUAUAGUGCAUUGCUCCCACAUCUACCCCAGUGCCCCUGCUCCCCCUAUCUACUGCUAUAGUGAACAAAAAUCACACAUGGUCAAUACACACACAUAUCAGACACAGUCAAUACACCCAUUACAAAUAUGGCACACAGAGAACACAUCACACAAUCACGUCUGACACACACAUGAUAAAUGUAGCUGUCUUCCGAGUUCCGGCCAAUCAGAACGUUGCCGCGGAUUACCACAGGAAAGCUCUGAUACUGUAAGUGCCUGAGCUCAGGAGACAGUUGCUGAUGGUCUGCACCCAGUGAAGGCACCGACCAUAUUCCCAGCAAACUGUAUCACCAGAGAUCAGCAUGCCCUCCCUCCAUGCAAGGUAAUGACAGGGAAGAGGUGAUAAAUAUUUGUUAAUUGUUAAAUUUUCAUUUAAUAAAUCCCCUAUACACAUGGAUGGCGCGGGGGGGGGAGGGGGAGGGGGCUGUUAAGAUUUUUCGCACAGGGCGCCUGAAGGCCUAAGGCCGGCCCUGAUUAUAAGUACAUGAAAGUAAUGAUUUGCUGUGUACAAAACUAUUCAAUUUGUUAAACUAAUGAUCAAUUCCCAGAGUAGACCAGCAAAUAAAAUAGAAACCAGAUAUAUUUAAACUGCAAUUGAUCAUGCUGGAUCCACCAGAUUUCUUUUAUCUUCGAUUGCAAUAUCCGUCCUGCGAGUUAGAGAUUUGUGGGUUUGAUGUAAACAGAUUGGUUCUCAUUACAAGUUGUAUUUUUAAUUAACUGCUUUUAUUACACAUUUACUGUUACUUGCACAUACUCUAUUCCGAAAAUCUCUUGAAGAUCUGAUUGCGUUUGAACUGUAUAAUACACCAGAUAUUCUUCUUUAAUCUACCUGUAAAAAUCAAUAUGAUUUUUAUAUCUUAUGGUUAUUUAUUGCAGGAACUUGUAAACCUUAUUCUCGGAGGUCGAGCGGUGUCCAAUGUGUUCAAUGAUGUGAUGGAACUCGAUUCUGGCAAUGGAAAUGUAACACUCUUAAAAGGAGUUGCUCAUCGUAGUGAGAUUGGCUUCCUCUCUCUCUUCGAACACUAUAAUGUCUGCCAGGUAGGUUUUGUUUCACAAUGUAUAAUUAUAUUAUAAUGGAAGAUAUUUUUGCACUAUUAGACAGUUUUCUCUUUUGCACUGAUGCUUUUAAAAUCUAUUUAGCAGUUUUUAAAUAAUUUAACAAUGCAUUACUAACCUGAACCUCCUUAUGUCUCUUAAGACACACAGCCAUCAUACGGAGGGUCAAACCACACUUCCCCCUUCCCUGUACAGAGGAAUGGAGGGAGUUGAGCAGAUAGAAUCUUGUUCUGAUUAUCUGCCAGGGUCUCAGACUCUCAUUUGUUAUUAUUCAGCCAAUAAUUGAUUGAUCUGUUGGAAGAUUUAUCAAAAUGUCAUGGAAGUCACCAUGGAAACCUGCAGCAUAAGUGAUGCAUUGGCAUUUGCUUCACUUUUACUAAUUUGCUCUAAUGUUAGAUUACAGCGUUCUCAUAAAUGUGUGUUUGAAAAAUAAUGAUGCAGAUCAUAAAAGUCUUUACCCACCAUACUAAACCAACAAUCCUACAAUAACAUGACAUAUAUCAGUGAUGGGUAAAUGCACCUGAUAUUGUAGUAAUACUGCUGUUCUUUUUAUUGUGACAGGUCUGAUAAAGUUGAAUUGUAUUAUUAGCCAAUAAUAAGGGAGGGACUCCUAUCAUUUAAGAUAAAAUUCCUUACGAAAUGUGAAAUUUGUUUUGUUUUCCAAUAUUUGAGACAAGCACUGUUCCAAAAAAACAAGCUGUUCAACAAAGAUAUUCUACUUUUUUCAUCUUUACAACAAUUACAGCAUUUUAAAAAUAAUAAUAGGAUAACGGGCAGUUUAAAUGAAAGAUAUAUUAGAGCAAUUGAAUCCACUUUUAGGAAAUCUGUAUCCUUAUUUUGUUUUAUCCGGACCGAACUACUCAACCGUGUAAAAUUACUGUGUUAGACAAACAAUCUGCUCUUGGGAAAAAAAAAUAAACCUUUGCUCAAUUGGCUACGUAAAGUUGCUAUAAAGGGGCAGUCAGUUCUUGAAUUCGAAUGGAACUAUUAUAUUAUUAAGUAUUUUUAAGUGGAAUUUUCAAGGUAUGCUCUGCACGUGCCCAAUCCUUAAACUUAAACUCGUUUUUUUACAAAUAUUCGAAAACCGUGUAACUGCUCAAGAGAGCAGCAAUCCAUUUGAGACAUAAAAGAAUGGGCAAUAUUCCAGUUUUCAUUUAUUUGUGUCGAUUGCUGAGCUCUGCACAUGGGCAGUAUAGGUGGGAUAACCUGCACCCGUUCAGGCAUGCUUGUCUACUUAAUUGACCAAUAAAACUCUCCGCAUCACAGUCCUAUUCCCAUCCCGUCCUGAUUUUGUACCUUUCAGUGUUGGGAGGUAUCAGGCUGUGGCUGCAGUUGCUUUCUAAACAUUUUAAGAUUGAUAGACCUUUACAAAAGAGGGCAUUUGCAGCCUCGAUAUUUAUAUUUAUGAGAGGUCAGUCUAGUAGUGAAUCAGGUUAUCAGACCUGUCCGGUCACAUGAUGUUCUUAUGUAAAACAUGAUCUGCACACAGUCCCACCACCCAGCAGACUGGCUCCACUUGCCAUAAAAUUCAAGGCAUAUAAGUCCAUACGUGAGCGAUCAGUGUACCCUGACACACAUGCGUGCUGGGGGGACGCGUCUCUCUGUCUAUGACACUAAUAGCAUCAUGGGAAUGUUUGUCACAGACCUCUCCCUUUCCUGAUUUCAGACUGAAAAAAUUAUCAAGUCUGAGUUGAAAUGUAAAAAAAAAUUUGUCCAGUAAAAUUUUGGCACCGUAGCAGAGUAACGCUGUACCUUAACCUGAGAAACAAUUAUAUCUGAAGUUUUUUCUCUUAUUUUCUAACUAGAUAGCUGUAAAAAUUAAAAUAAUAAAUACUUAAAAUGACAGAACUGUUUUAUUUAAAUGUUUAUACAUUAUUUCAGUUCAUCAGUUGGCUGAUGAUAUACUUAUUUGUAUAUUUGCCUAAUAAUCGAUUAUAUUUGAAAUAAACAUUUCCAUAGGAGUGGGGUAAUCUUUCUUUCAGGACACUAACGGCAGAUUCAUUUUUAGAAAGGAAACCCUACAAGCAAACAAUAGCCAUCUCUGAAAACAUAAUUGAACACGUCCUUUCAUUUUCCUUGUGCGUGGAAAUAUAGGUCUUUUUAGUUAAAGUGGUCUGGUAGAAAAUGAAUGACGCGGCCAUGAAAAUAAAUAAACUACCAAACGAUGAGUAAUAUAAUUAUAUAACAUCCUCGUGUAAUCAGUGCUAAUUCUCUUACUGACAUGUGAUGGAUAUGCUGAAAUAUCCCCUGCUUCUAGUGAUGGUAGCACAUGUCAGCUUAAUUUAGAGCACUUAUCUAAAAAAGCUUGCAUGUAACCCAUGAUAUAACAUAUCGACACCACAUAGUAGCAGAACAUUGACUUUCUCAUGUGAUACAUUCACAGAUCCCCUAUCAUUUGUGCUCGUCUGUAUUAUUUACACCUUGAUCAGCUGUUUUAGAAACUUUAAAAUCAACUUAAAGGAACACUCCAUGUCCCAUAACCACUUCAGCCUGCUGUAGUGAUUAUGCUCGUAGGGGAAGUAGUCAAACUGUUUGACAACUUACCUGGGUUCCAGAUUUAAAUAUGAGAAAUCCAUGGAGUCAGAUGUCACAUGGUCUUUGAGCACUUCCAAGGUUUGUCCUUCCAAGCCUUUGCCAUGACCUAUAGCACACCAGCAGCUUUACCACGGGUGGAAUGGCAGUUUGGAAUGAGCACUGAACUCAUCUUUAGUGUCAUCCUUAGUAUGAUUGAUGGUUUCUGAAUGUCAAUCCUGGCUUUCCAUCUUCAACACCUGUAGAAGUACCCUUCUCAAAAAAUAAAUAACAUGUCUGCAUUUAUGGAGACUAUCCUGUAAACACACUGGCCUCAAAUUUUACAGUAGCUUAGAAAAAAUCAGUUUUUCCUGGAGAUGCACUACCUUUGCUUACACUUUGCUAUUGGUGAAUGGGGGAACUGCAUGCCUUUUGUGAGUAUUCUCCACUUCUGCUUCUAUAAGAGAAAUGUACACUUAACAAAUUACAGCCUCAAUUUAAUAGUUAUGGAUACAUUUAUAAAAUAAUUUAAUAUUUAUUGACACAUUUAUGAAUGAUGUAAUAUUUUUUAGAAAUGUUUUAACAUUUUGAUAUUUUUUUUUAUAUAUAUGAAUAUAUUUUUUGACAUUUUAAUAGUUUGAGAAGUAAUCAUUUUAUCCAAAAAUAUUAAAUUGAGGCCUUCAUGAGCUACGAAAAAUCCACAUAUAUAUUUUUGUCGUUUUACAAACACAAAAAUUAGUUCUCUAUUUUUCUUUGUGAAAUCAAAGGUUUUUGAGAUGUUCUGCCUGAUUGGGAUAUACCACCACAUGCAUGACUUUACGCCAGCAUUGCAUGUCCAGGUUUAUUUGCAUCGUAUGACAACAUUUUAAGGAAAUGCGAUAAAGCUUUGCCAGAGAGGAAGAAGGUGUUUGGUUUGAUUACACAGAGAACAAUCAAUGUGCACUGAUACCAUUUUAAUGUAUGGCUUCUGCUAAGAUAACACAUGCAGGAAGAUAUAUCAUUUUCACUGCCAAUAAAGCGUGAUCCUAUUCAUCCGGUUCGUUCAUGAAGUGGCACUUCAAUACUCGCACAAACCCAUAAACAUAAAUGAAUUUCCUUAAUGUUUACCUUCGAAAUGGUACAAGUAUCUAUGAACACACUUUUAUAUUCCAUUCCGCUAAAUAUCUCUAAAAAUAAGAUUAUUUUUUUAUAUAUAUUUUUUGAAUUGUUAGAAAAGUUAAUAAAUUUUCUUGAUUUCAGAAUUGACUAUAUCAUCAUACACAGCCUUGUUAUAAUAGAAGGGCUUCCAAAAAUAGUUAGUAUUGUCGAUGUAAAAUGACUUAUUUUACAUGCAAAUAGGUUGACUUAAGAAACAGUAUAAAACAGACGAAAAAAUUGCAGUUUAUCAGAUGCAACCAGGGUUGGAUGUAUGAGUAAAUAUUGUUAUCUUGAGAGUUUAGAAACUCAAAGUAGAAUAUAUUGAGACAGAGGUAGGAGUAAAAUAAGGAAAUCAAGGGAGACAACAAAAUACAGCAGGUAAAUGUAUAGUGUGUGACUGGGUUUGUGUAUAAAAAGGGUAAUGUGAGUAUAUGUGACUGUGUGUAAUAUGUGUGACUGGGUUGUUAUAUGUGUGACUGGGUUGGUGUAUGAAUAGGGUAAUGUGAGUAUAUGUGACUGUGUGUAAUAUGUGUGACUGGGUUGGUGUAUGAAUAGGGUAAUGUGAGUAUAUGUGACUGUGUGUGUAAUAUGACUGUGACUGGGUUGGUGUAUGAAUAGGGUAAUGUGAGUAUAUGUGACUGUGUGUGUAAUAUGUGGGUAUGGGUUUUUGUAUAAUUAGGGUAAUGUGAGUAUAUGUAACUGUGUGUAACAUGUGGGUAUGGGUUUGUGUAUGAAUAGGGUAAUGUGAGUAUAUGUGACUGUGUGUAAUAUGUGGGUAUGGGUUUGUGUACGAAUAGGGCAAUGUGAGUAUAUGUGACUGUAUGUAAUAUGUGUGACUGGGUUUGUGUUCAAAUAGGGUAAUGCGAGUAUAUGUGACUGUGUGUGUAAUAUGUGUGACUGGGUUUGUGUAUGAAUAGGGUAAUGUGAGUAUAUGUGACUGUGUGUGUAAUAUGUGUGACUGUGUUUGUGUAUGAAUAGGGUAAUGUGAGUAUAUGUAAUUGUGUGUGUAAUAUGUGGGUAUGGGUUUGUGUAUAAAUAGGGUAAUGCGAGUAUAUGUGACUGUGUGUGUAAUAUGUGGGUAUGGGUUUGUGUAUAAAUAGGGUAAUGCGAGUAUAUGUGAAUGUGUGUGUAAUAUGUGGGUAUGGGUUUGUGUAUGAAUAGGGUAAUGUGAGUAUAUGUGACUGUGUGUGUAAUAUGUGGGUAUGGGUUUGUGUAUGAAUAGGGUAAUGCGAGUAUAUGUGAAUGUGUGUGUAAUAUGUGGGUAUGGGUUUGUGUAUAAAUAGGGUAAUGCGAGUAUAUGUGAAUGUGUGUGUAAUAUGUGGGUAUGGGUUUGUGUAUAAAUAGGGUAAUGCGAGUAUAUGUGACUGUGUGUGUAAUAUGUGUGACUGGAUUUGUGUAUGAAUAGGGUAAUGUGAGUACAUGUGACUGUGUGUGUAAUAUGUGGGUAUGGGUUUGUGUAUAAAUAGGGUAAUGCGAGUAUAUGUGACUGUGUGUGUAAUAUGUGUGACUGGAUUUGUGUAUGAAUAGGGUAAUGUGAGUACAUGUGACUGUGUGUGUAAUAUGUGUGACUGGGUUUGUGUAUGAAUAGGGUAAUGUGAGUAUAUGUGACUGUGUGUGUAAUAUGUGGGUAUGGGUUGGUGUAUGAAUUGGGUAAUGCGAGUAUAUGUGACUGUAUGUGUAAUAUGUGGGUAUGGGUUGGUGUAUGAAUAGGGUAAUGCGAGUAUAUGUGACUGUGUGUGUAAUAUGUGGGUAAGGGUUUGUGUAUAAAUAGGGUAAUGUGAGUAUAUGUGACUGUGUGUGUAAUAUGUGUGACUGGGUUUGUGUAUGAAUAGGGUAAUGUGAGUAUAUGUGACUGUGUGUGUAAUAUGUGGGUAUGGGUUUGUGUAAGAAUAGGGUAAUGCGAGUAUAUGUGACUGUGUGUGUAAUAUGUGGGUAAGGGUUUGUGUAUGAAUAAGGUAAUGUGAGUAUAUGUGACUGUGUGUGUAAUAUGUGUGACUGGGUUUGUGUAUGAAUAGGGUAAUGUGAGUAUAUGUGACUGUGUGUGUAAUAUGUGUGACUGGGUUUGUGUAUGAAUAGGGUAAUGUGAGUAUAUGUAACUGUGUGUGUAAUAUGUGGGUAUGUGUUGGUGUAUGAAUAGGGUAAUGUGAGUAUAUGUAACUGUGUGUGUAAUAUGUAGGUAUGGGUUUUUAUAUCUGGGAAUGGGUCAAUAUAUGCGGAUGUGCCAGACUGGGAACUGGCAAUCUGGAAAACAAUGGAACUUAAACAGAAAAAAAAUCCAAGUAAACGAAUGGCAUAUAAACCUUUUUUUAUACACAGCCAGACUUGCUUUUUGCUAAAUUAAACUUUUUUCUUUUUUUUUAUAGGCCACCCCUGAGUGUAAUACCUGGUCCUGUUUCAAAUAAUAAAAAAGUAAUUAUUUUUAAUUUAAGCAAUAUUCUGAACUAAUCUUCAUACGCCAGACUGUUGUUAUAUUUGCUGCUGGUGGCUUUGUGUUGGAACACAGCAUAAAUACUUUGCAAAUUUCAGUCUGGUGAGGUUGUGAGCUCUCUUCCUUUCAGUUGGCAGUCCUCAGAAUGCUACCAAUUAAAGUUGAAAGAUAAGGAAAAUAUCAGUGCCCAUAUUAAAACAAUGCUUCAUGGUAUAUAAUAUAUUAUAUAUAUAUAUGUAAGGUAUUUAAUUGAUGGAAACAUACCGUCUUUAUAUAUUUUAAUGGAAUAAUGAUUAAAAACAUACACUAUAGUGCCUGUGUCGCUGUUUAUGCCUACCUCCACCCCCCUUAGUUCACUCUGAAAUGGUGAUUUUAUUCAACUUUACUCACACGCUGCCCCUAUUCACCUAGUCACCCAUAGCCCGGCCCGCUACUGGAAGUGUGGCUGAGUUACAGAUCACAUAAUUCAUUUUAGCCAUACCAAUUUAUACCAGCAAUGGGCGCUGUAAUAGGAUGAAAGCAGUCAGCUGACACUCUCAGCCAAUCACAACCGCCCAUUGCUGCUCAGACUGUUGAUUACUCAUUAGCCCAACAGCACAGAGAGGAUGGGCUGCUGGGGACUUUCGUUUAGCAUUCAUUUAUUAAAAGCAGUUGAACACUAAUGGGAAAGAUAGCGCAAGGGGACUCCAGGCACAUUAACCACUUCAAUGACGUGAAGCAGUUAGAGUGUCUACAGUGUCCCUUUAGCCUUAUUCAAUAAAAGAGAAAAUGGGCAAACCUGGUUUUAAUUUUUUUUCCCCUCUGUUUUGCUGUUCCUGCAAAAUUGCAAUGUUUUCAUUUGCUGGGUUAAAAUGGCAGGGUCAUAGCACGCAGGCCACUUAAUUGAGAUGAAGAACGCUAGACUACGACUGAUAAUUACGAAAUAUAGUUUAGCUUUUGUAAUUUAUUAGAGCGGUGUAGGUUCUGGUUCUUUUUUAGUGAAGCUUGGAUUGGCAAGGAGGUGUUGGCAGUUUAAUACUUUUGGGAAUAGAGCUUUACUUGGGCCAACUUAGGUGGAGGGGAAUUAGGGGUAUGGUUUUUGGACCAAAUGGGUUUAGCAUCCCCUGACUCUAUAACUGUUAGGUCCAGAGUUAGCCCAAUACUUUCAGUCCAUACAGUCCAUUUAAUUGUAAUAUUGAGAGUUAUUGUAGAGUACAGUAAAUCUAGUAAUUGUGCUUGUUUUAUUAUAAUUAUUUUUCCUGCCAAAAUAUUAUUUUGCAGAAUUAAUAAAGUACACAUUAAGAUGAUUUCACAUCAGGCAUUUUUCCUUAAAUAUAUUUUCAUUUGGUCUUAAAAGAUCAGAGUUCAGAUGAAAUUAAUUUCCUGAAAAAUGUUCUCUGUUAUUAAAUUUUAUUUAGUGAUGACAUUGAAGUACCUGACUAUUAAAGGGGCAGUCUCUUCACUAUAAACCAUUGUAGUGUUAAUGGUACUAUAGGUCUAUGAAUGCUGUCAUUUAUACUAAACCUUUUUGAAUCCGUUUAACAAAAAAUGGUCUCUCUCCAGCGUUCUUUUAUGUGACCCUGUUGAACUCACAGACUUCGUAUCUGAUGUUACUGCCUCUACUACUCUAUUUAUUUUGGGGUGCCUGCUAUACAUAUGGUCUCUGAACAAUGUAAGUGAUCUGCAGCUAAGCGAAUCUGUGUCCACGCUCUGCUCCUAAGCGGCCGAUCUGAUUCAGCCUGCUGCUCAGCUACUCACUAUCUAAACUUCGUAUGUAUGGACUAAGCCUGUGGUAAGAACAUUAUCUGCUACCUAUUGGGUUCCUCCACUGCGUGGGACGCUAAAAUGCACUAAUAUACACUGCACUUUACUGGAUUCUGGGCUAAUUAACUGUAUUCAAUCUUAGCCAAUGCCAUCCUGCCUGCUUUACAGCCCUUUUGAGUUUGUUUACGUGUCUACCAAGGAGCACCUGUAACAAAGUGCUAUAUUGAUACGGCUGAUUUAUAUGUGAAUAUCAUGGGUCCUUUUUAUUAUAGUGUUUUUUGUUUUUAAGAUUUAUUGUUCUUUUAUUUUUCUUAUUUACCCUCCCCCUUUCCUUUCUUUUACCUGGAGAAACAGAGGAUAUUUGUGGAUAUUUUCAUUAAAGGAACACUGUAGGCACCCAGACCACUUCAGCCCAUUGAAGUGGUCUGGGUACCAACUCACAUCACCCUUAACCCUGAGCAUGUAAUGAUGCAGUUUUUUUAUACACUGCAAUAAUUACCUUGCAGGGUUAAAUCCUCCUCUAGUGGCUAUCUACCAGACAGCCACUAGAGACAGCCACUAGAGGGACUUCCGUGUUCUUAGACAACUUCUGUUUGUCUAAACGACGCUGGACGUCCUCACGCUAUGCAUGAGGACCUCCAGCAUCGCCGAAAUCUCCAUAGGAAAGCAUUGAAUAAUGCUUUCCUAUAAGGAAAUCCUAAUGUGAGCGCGGCCGUUGCCACACAUGCGCAUUAGGUCUCCCCUGUCGGCCGACGGCAGGUAAAGAGCGUGGGCAGAGCUGAGCCAGUACUGGGGGGGGGAGGGGGAGGGGGGGGUUAUUAACCCCUUCAGCGCAGUGGGAGGGGGCCUUGACAGGCUGUGCUCUAAGACCAGUUUACAGAGGUAGAAGAGUGGAUCACAAAAAACAAACUCUUCCUAAACACUGACAAAACUGUCACAAUGAUCUUUGGAACAGUACCUAAAUUACACAAAUUACACAAUUCCCACCUAUCCAUCAAAACAAAUUCAAAUAGCACACUGACCUCUGUCCACUCUUUCUAAUACCUGGGUAUGUUGUUAGACCACAAUCUAUCUUUUGGCCUCCACAUAGAAAAACUUGCAUCUAAAAGCUAGGUGCCCUGUACAAAUCCUGCCUAAGCCCCACAGUAAAGGAAAAGAUUGUACAGCAAAUGCUGAUGCCAAUCAUUGAUUAUGGGGAUGUAGUAUAUGCACCUGCACCGCAAUCCCACAUUAAUAAACUCAAUACAUUGUAUAACUCGCUCUGCCGCUAUGUGCUACAAUGUAAUAACAUGACCCACCAUUUUGACAUGUUAAAAGAACUAAACUGGCUGUCGCUGGAAUCCAGACACACCUUUCAUUUUUCCAGCCUUGUGCAUAAGAGCUUUUCUGGGAAGCUCCCACCAUACCUGAGCAGAAUGCUCUCCCCAGCUGUUCCCACCUCCUAUAACCUCCGAUCCGGUACCAGCACUUUAUUUAAUCUACCUCAAUACAAAAAGAAAGCUGCCCGAUCCUCCAUUUCCUACAGAGCACCACAAUUAUGGAACGACCUCCCGCACACUUUCAAAUCUUCUCCAAGCCUAAAGUCCUUUAAGAGAUCCCUCUCUACAUACCUCAAAACAGAAUGCACCUGUCAUGGCUGAUUAUAUAUUUCCUACCUGUUCUAUGUAAAAGUUUUGUAUAUAUUGUGUAUUAAUACUGUUUUUGUAUUUUAUUGUACCAUAUUGUAUCAAUGCAAUGUUUUGUGGACCCAGGACAUACUUGAAAACGAGAGAAAUCUCAAUGUAUCCAUCCUGGUAAAAUCGAGAAUGGAGGAAGAGGUAGAGGCCAUACCAAGUUAUACAUUACUCUACCACCCGACCACACAUGGUGUAGAGGACCAUGUGCCACACUUCACAUGUCUAUUUUACUGGCAACAUAAGUUACAUUGAAUUUGGUGAGUUAUGCUCCCAAAUCAGCCUUCUAGUAAAUACCAAAUAUCUUAUUUUUCUAACUUACAACCACAAACCAAUCUUUCAUUGUUUUAGUAAAUUGACCUUUAAAUAUUCAUUAUUAGCAAUGUUAAGAGGUAUUCCUGUAAAUAUCAGAUUGGAUGAACAGGCCUUAUUAAUUCAGUAAAAUUAUGCAUACACAUAUUGAAUAUUGUUUUUAGCUUAUUUUUAAUUUUGCUAGACAAUUUUUUUUAUAUUGUCUGUAAACACCACUCACAUUGGAAAAUGCAUAAACAAAAAAACUCUAUGCUGACAUGAUCUCUCUACCACAUCAACCUGGCUUAUAUGCAUGCAGUAACAGUAAAAGACCUAAUCCCGACCUAAUGCAGUAACAGUAAAAGACCUAAUCCCGAAAGUGUUUGUACCACCUCCUGAAUCUGAUACUCCGAGUGCUUUGUAUGCCUCAUAAUGAUGGGUUAUAUAAUAACAUGUUGUCCGUUUUCCAUCUGAUAAACUAACAGUGACCUUUUUGUGGCCUGAGGUCACAAAACUGAUUUUGAAAUCUUCAGAAAGGAAAUUCCCAUGAACGGGAGAAAAUGCAGGAAUGUGCGCUUAGACAAAAAGUAAUAUGUUUAAAGCAUGUGCGCUUACUAUCAAAGCACAAGCAGGCUUAGAUGAAAAGGGAAAAGGGAUUUGGGAAGCUUUGUACCAAUGAAGGAUUAUUUUUAUUGUAGACAUUUGGUGGGUAAAAUUCCUUAAAAGUAAACACCUGUGGUGUUCAUUGAUCUCAUAUUAGCGUAUAUACGUAUAUCACAGGGUACAUCUGUUACAAUGUGCAAGAUUAAAUGGCUUAGCUAUCCUCAUUGAUACAUGCCCAAUACUAAUCAUUGUCUCUAAUGCAAACGGAAUGGUAUUGUGUUUUAUGAUAUCAUCACAACAAUAUAUUUGCCAAAUUAUGAGCAAAAUAUUUUACAUUUGUAAGGUUGUAGCUUGUUUUAUCAUGGGGGAAUUACUCCCAGCAGACACCCAAACUUAUAAUGACAAAAUCGUUAUAUAUCUCUCAGAUACAAAGACAUGCCACCAAGUAGGGCAUUUACCUCCAAUGACACUGACACACUGACAUUUUUGACAAUUUACCAGUGUCAGAACAGCAGGUGCAAGACAUGUUUGCUCGAAGGAGUAAUCACCUGUGCUGUAGUUGCUGUUAUGGAAUCCAGGGAAUUGUCUGCUGUCCUCUGUCACUCACUUUUCACCUUAGAAGUCUAUUUCGAUUCUGUGCCAAAAUUUGAAAGUUAGGGGAGGGAUUAGGAUUUGAUUCUAAUCCGCCCUCUCCAGACUACUGAGACUGCUCUUAUCAAAGUUACUAACAACCUAAUCGUAGCUAAAUCCAAAGGCCACCACUCAAUACUAAUACUUCUUGACCUCUCUGCUGCCUUUGACACCAUUGAUCAUGCUCUCCUUCUUCAAACUCUUCAAUCACUCGGUCUCUGUGACACUGUCCUCUCUUAGUUUUCCUCCUAUCUCUCCCAACGCUCAUUCAAUGUCUCCUUUUCUAAUGAUACCUCCUCCCCUUGUCCUGUCUCGGCUGGAGUCCCCCAAGGCUCUGUCCUUGGUCCCCUUCUAUUUUCUCAUUAUACUGCCUCUCUUGGUAAACUUAUUACCUCAUUUGGAUUCCAUUACCACCUAUACACUGAUGACACCCAGAUAUAUUUCUCCUCCCCGGACCUCUACCCUGACGGUUUUCUUCCAUCUCUGACUAGAUGUCCUCCCGAUUUCUGAAACUCAGUCUCUCUAAAACUGAGCUCCUUGUCUUUUCUCCUAAUGCUGAUCCUCCUCUUUCGCUCUCCCUUUGUAACGAAAAUAUACCCCAACACGCAGGAUUUAAGCUAAACAAAUGUCAGCACAGAGGGAAGGUACGUCUACCGGACCUUAGAGUGGCCGGACUCGACGUAAAGGAGAGAGAUACAGAGUCAGGAGCGAUCCGAGGUCAAGGGCACAAAGAGACCGCGUAAACUUGGACUAGCCGGGGUCUGGUACACAGAAAACUACAAGCCGGCAAACAGAACAGAUAAGGAUAAAGAGAUAACGUAGUCAGAAACAAAGCCAAGGUCAAGUACGAAGGAACACAACUGAACACAACAAGCGCUUAAGGGAACUGAAACAGAAACCACGAUAGGGCAAGGAACUAAAGGAAAAAGGUGAGUUUAUAUACCUAAACAUCUAAUUUGAUUGGUCCCUGUCACAUCCACGCCCCCAAAAGCUAAGUGUAUGGGGAGUGUGGCAUGACAGGGACCAAUGGGAUGCCUUUUCCAAUUUAGGCUCCCAUUGUCCCUUUUAAGAGCGCGCCGGAGACCCGCGGCGCGCUCUUAGAGUUAGGCGGGACACGUGUCCGCUUCUCGCGGUCACUGCCUGCCUUCCUGUUACAGCCGUCGGAUGAGCCGCGCUCGUGCAGCAGCAGGAGCGCGCGCGGCUCGAACAGAGGACCCCGGCCGGCCCCUGGAAAGGGUAAGUACCGCUACACCCUUCAAGUUAGUGAGUCUGGCCUCACCUUUUGAGCCUCACAUCCAGUAUGUUGCCAAAACCUGUAGAUUCCAUCUUAAAAACAUAGCCUGCAUCUGCCCCUUUCUUACGCAAGAUUAUUAUUAUUAUUACUUUUACUGGCAUUUAUAAAGAUGAUACCAAGGAGCUUGCCCAUGCUCUAGUAAUUUCCCGCAUAGAUUAUUAUAACCCUCUCCUAAUUGGUCUUCCCAAAAACCUUACAUACCUGUCUCUUGCUCUCUCCUAAAGGGCAGCUCUCUACUCUCUCCUCCAGCUCUGAUUCACUCCCACCUUAUUUAAUUGCUAUUUCCUGUCCUAAUGUGUUUUAUACCCCACCUCCUAUAGACUAUACGCUCGUUUGAGCAGGGCCCUCUUCAAGCUAUCGUUCCUGUAAGUUUUCUUGUAAUUGUCCUAUUUAUUUAUUUAUUUAUUUUUUUUUUUACUUUGUUUUGAAUUUAUUUGGUUGCUUGGAAAAUGUCAAUUUUUUUUUUUUUAUUCUUUAUUUUUACUGUGCAUGAAAUAACAGUCGCAUGUCAACAAUGCCACAACAGUAAUUGCAAACAGUUUAAAAACACAUAGUCGUUCACUGUUGUACAGCAUUUAGAUUAAGCGCACAAUUUUUAAAUUAGUAAUACAGCCUGGUACAAGCUAGGUAACUACUACAGUCAUAAUAAGUUGCUUUGUCAAUUAGUAACUCUAGCUUAAAGGACCACUGUAGGCACCCAGACCACUUCAGCUUAAUGAAGUGGUCUGGGUGCCAGGUCCAGCUAGGGUUAACCCUUUUUUUUUUAUAAACAUAGCAGUUUCAGGGAAACUCCCCGCCCGGCGCUGUAGUAUGUUUUCCUGGCACUAUAGUGGUCCUUUAAGAGUUAUAUUUAAAUUGAGUGACAUCACUUUAAUAUCUAAACAUUUUCUGACUUUGCUGUGUAAUACUAAAACGUGUGUACAAUCGCUUAUAUAAAAUCAGUUGCUUAGCUAGGGCGCUUAUACAAGUAAGGAGGAACAACCGGAUAAUGGCAGCGCUUCACAGGCAUUAAGUGCGGCCUUAUCACAAGAUGGCUUCUAUGUAGGCUAUGACACUACUCGUUCUAGGUUACUGAGAUGUGUAGCGCACAUUCCUCUCACACUCCCCAUGUAAAUAUACGCUAUACAGUGUCUAUUAUAAAUUUUAGUUGAGGGUGAGAUGAGAAAGUGGGAUAAAAUGCAGUGGGUAUGGUGCACUUAUCCGUCCAUGCAUAGUUUCGGGCAUAGUCUACUGAGUUUGCAGGUCCAACGCUUGUCGUGGAGUCCAAGAACAUGUUUAGCGUAAACGAGUGAGUUCAUUUAAGCGUGUCAUUAAGCAUGUUUGACAGGCGUGUGUCGGAGGGUUAUCCAAAAAUAAGGCUGGUGCCACAGGUAUUAUGAGGUGCUGUCUCUGAGUUCCUUGUCUGGGGUGUCAGCCCACUCCGGUACUUGGUAAGUGCCUCUUGUGCCCCAGUGAUGUAGUGGCAUCUUCCUGUGCUGCUUCGUUGGCUUGUGAUGGUGAUUAUGGUGGGUUAGGUCUGGGCUGGUAGGGAAGAUUAUUUCUGGCAGGGUAACUAGGUGUUUCAGUCCCUUUGGCCUUUCUCCUCGAGGCAGGCAAUUCUAGGGUCUGUGGGCCCCUGUGGGGUUGCUUUACAGGGUUUGUUCCCGCUCUGUGUUCGCCCCAUUUCUCCCUGCUUGAUGCCCUUGGCCUAGUGUAGUCAGCCUGCAUGGCCCUGGGGUAGGCUGCAUUGGUGGUCUGAUGGUGCUGAGUGAGCGCACAUGGCUGGUAUGCGGCGGCCAUCUUAGGAACGUUGCCUGGUAAAUAUUUCACUCCGGAGCGGUUGUGACUUGGCGCCCUUGCAGACCGGGAUAACCCCCCGGCCCAGGGGGACGGGGGGACGAGACGCGGGCCGGAGACCCGGGAGAGCGGCUGUCUCAUCCCGGUUCAAGCUCCAGCUAGCUCUGGGUGUAAUUGUCCUAUUUAUAGUUAAAUCCCCCCUCUCAUAAUAUUGUAAAGCGCUACGGAAUCUGUUGGCGCUAUAUAAAAGGCAAUAAUAAUAAUAUACUUGCUAAGGGUCAGGCUAACACAAACUAUAGAUUCAUUUUAUUGUCUUUCAUUUACGCAACAGUCGUGUGGGCUUUAAAGGAAGACUGAAAAAUAAAAAGGGUCUAAUCUCAUUUAUGAUUUAAGAUUGAAUUAGCCAGGCUCUUGAUAAGGUUCUUUACAACAAAUGUCAGAAGUUCAGUUAGAGACCUCUCACACCGAUCCUGUGGAACUCACUUCCCUCCUCCGUUAGAUGCUCACCCAGUCUCCACUCCUUCAAAAAAUCAUUAAAAACCCACUUCUUCAUAAAAGCGUUUCAAUUGAACUGUUAAUAACUCCCGACUGAUUCCUCUUUUGCAACUGUCGCUAGUCUAAUACUAUCCUUACCUUUUUGUGUCAUUUUACCCCACUCCCUCUAGCAUGUAAGCUCAUUGAGCAGGGCCCUCAACCCCUAUGUUCCUGUGUGUCCAACUUGUCUGGUUACAACUACAUGUCUGUUCGUCCACCCACUGUAAAGCGCUGCAGAAUUUGACGGCGCUAUAUAAAUAUCAUAAUAAUAAUAAUAAUCAUCUUGUUAUUUACCCUUAUGCGUAUUGUUCUAAUGCCCACAUACCAUGGCAGAAUAGGCUAAUUUUCCAUUUCUAAAUGUAUGAUUUCUGAUCAGCCUGUUUCUGUAUUUUGAAUAUACAUUCAGGAUGAAUCCUCUGUUUCAGAUCCCAUAGGAUAAAAUUAAAGCUAGUAGGAGCGUGGUCAGAGUGAGGUUUGCCAGCGAUACAGAGCACAUGACAGAUGACACAUGGUGACCAGAAAGCAGAGGAAGCCUUGAGUAGUACUUAUGGCUAUAAGUAGUACUCGUGUGCAGAACACUGCUAGCAUGCUCCUAAAGGGUUACUCCAGCCAAAAGCCAGGGUUAUCAUAAAACCCCCCCAAUAAAAAAAACCUAAAACUCACCUUGAUCAAACACUGAGUUCUCCUCCACGGCUGAUGUCAGUCCCCCUUGCUGGCAGGGGAGGGAUAUUAGGGAGAGUGGGCUGAGGGGAGGACACAGAGGGGUGGAGUGCUGCAAAUUGCUGUCUAGUGCCUUAAUGCUGCCCUUUCUGGCGUCAAACAACAGAUUUACACAGGACUCUCAUUAGCCACAUGGACGACUUGUCCCAGACUAGUUUAUGAUGCAGUCUAAAUUGGAGUGACACCUCCUGCAGCAGAGGGAACCACAGCAAAACGCUGCACAUACAGACUCCAGGCACCAUGACCACUUCAUAUUACUGACACAGUAACCAUUUAAAUGCAUAUAAAUUACCUGCUUUUGCUGACACAGAGCAGAAUUUGCAAAUGAAGGGCCUGCCCUGGCCUUUUUAAAUCUUUUUCCAGCGUUCCUGGAAAAUGGACAUAAGAGAAAAGAAAUUGAACUGUUUGGGAGAAAUUCAGGUGGCAAUUUACUCUAAUAUUUUAAAUCUUAGUUAAUUCAACCUUAUUUAAAAAGAACCUUCCUCUGAUAAUAAAGACUACCAAGGUCCCGAGGCAAAAUAACUUCAUUUUCAAAUUAUGUCCUUUAAUGUUCAGAAGUGGAAAAAUAUUGCUUUGGAAAAUCUGUGUAUCUGGACGUUUUGUGUCCCAGAGGAAAAAGAAAAUGAAAAGUACUGAAUUGUAAAUGGCUGUACUCAUCAGAUUAUUAGGGAUCAAAUUCAACAUAACUAACAAUGGAUGUGGUUAAUUUAACAGAAGUAUGCACUGGAAACACAUGUUUGUCUUUUAUUAUUGUGUUUUUCAAUUUAUUCCCUAUGGCAUUUAUACAGCUCCGUGUAACAAAAAUACACAAAUUUAUAAAUAUGAAAUAUUUUUCUUUAAUAUACACAAACCAGAGCCGUGAACAGUAUUAGAUUUUUCUUUUACUAAAAAAUAUAAAAUAAACUGAGGAUAUGUUAAAAGCUGUAAACUAAAGUAGAUCUAUUAUUUUUUAUAUUUUUUCGGUUGUAGCUGAAAUAUCACAUUCCAGUCUCCUCAAGUAUGGUCUGGCUGCUCUGUCUCUUAAACAGUAAAUUGCAGUAAAUUAUUAAUAUUAUAUGUAUUGUUUUAAAUAGAGAACUUUCCAAAUCAUCAUCUUUUGCUCAAAUUGUGCACUUUAAGUUAACAACAAUUUGCUGUUUAUUAAAUAACGUCCAUGCAAGCUACUGUUGUGGUUUUGUUUGUAGCAUAAAUCUUAAAGGAACACUAUAGGGUCAUAAACAGAAACAUGCAUUCCUGUUCCUAAAGUGUUAAAAACACCAUCUAGCCCAUUUUGACAUGCUAAAUAUAGUAAAAUCUUACUUUUAUUCCAGUCUGCUGUUGCUGCCUCUGCCGCUGAUCUGCCUGCAUGGUUGACAUCAACAGAAGUAAUUCUCUCAGCCAAUCACAAUGCUUUCCCAUAGGAUUGGCUGAGGCUGUCAAGGAGGCAGAUCUUUGGCAGAGCCAGCACAAGCCAAACACAGCCCUGGCCAAUCAGCAUCUCCUCAUAGAGAUGUAGUGAAUCAAUGCAUCUCUUUGAGGAAAGUCUAGGGUCUGCAUGCAGAGGGUGGAGACACUGAAUGGCAGUGCUGCUUACUGUGCAGCACUGCCCCAGGAAGAACCUAUAGCAGCCAUCUAAGGAGUGGGCAGUGGAGGUAUCACUAGGCUGUAAUGUAAACACUGCAUUUUCUUUGAAAAGACAGUAUGUACAGCAAAAAGCCUGAAGGUAAUGAUUCUACUCACCAGAACAAAUUCAAUAAGCUGUAGUUUUUCUGGUAACUAUGGUGUCCCUUUAGGGCUAAUAUCAACCAGUGUGUAUUUUUUUUCUUUAAAGUAAUCUGAACUGAUGUUUUAUUUUUUUUCUUAAGUAUAACAUUAACCUGUUAUUUUUUGUUGUUUUUCGUGCUUUGUGUUUAAUUUUAAAUGUAUUGUUAUGUAAAUGUGGAUCUAUUUUAUGGAUUUCUCUUCUUUGUUUCAAUACAAUUUUUUGUUAAUUAUUCUUUCCUAAUGUUUGAUAGUUGCUGUCAGACAACAGUAAACUUAAAAUAAUACGAUUUAAGUACAGAGUUUAAGCAUGUUAGGCUAAUUAGGAUUUUGGAGUAUUCAGAAAGAAAAUCUUUGAGGUAAAGCCCUCUUUGAGAGUCCAUCUUUUACCUUCCCCAUGAUGGUAAACUGGACACAUGUUGAUAAUAUAAUAAAAAUCACAUACAGACUUCAAAUAAUUUAUAAAUAAUUAUAAGUAAAGUUUGAAGAAUCUGACAGAGACUUUUUAAAUUAGAUUUUUUAGUAUGUGUGUGAUAAGGAUUUUUUUGAAUCCAGCAAAUGAAAAGUUAGUGUAAUGGAAUUUUACUCUGACACCAAAACUGACAUGGCACAGUCUGGGCAUUUAAUUCAAAUUAACAUACCUUUCCCAUGACUCCUCUGUUAUCUUUGGUAAACGUUCCAAACAACCUCCCAGGAUUAACUGCUAUUUAUGUCCUGAUCUGAUGCAAAUUAACAGAAGAAGGGAAAUCAAAGAAUAAUUACGAGAAAGGUAGAACGAUCUGCAUAGGGAACAGGAUGAUUUAAAAGACAAUUGAACAAAAUGGCAAACUACAUAAACUAGUUGAAUCAAACUGUAAACAAUUGUUUGUAACAUCAGGCAAGUCAGAACUUUUUGUAAAUUAUGACAAAAGCCUAAAAGGUGUCUGAUUCACUUUUCUAAAAUAAAAAUGAUAACAUAUACAAAAUGUAAACCUUUUUAUUCUCUUCCUUUUUUUAACAAUAUAUUUUGAAAAAUAAAGUUUUGUGUACCUACACUGAGCAGUUACUCAAAUCAAACUCUGUUUCUGCUAAUUGAGAAGAAGGAAAAUCACGUUAAAUCAGUUUCCAGUAUUGCUACAAAUCAACUUCAGCUUCAUGUCUCUGUCUUUGAUUUUAGGUUGGGUCAUAUCUGAAGACCCCUAAGUAUCCAAUUUGGGUGGUGUGCAGUGAAAGCCACUUCAGUGUCCUAUUUUGCUUGCGAAAGGAAUUAAUGAAUGACUGGAAAAUUGAAAGAAGAUUUGAUCUUUACUAUUACGAUGGGCUUGCAAACCAACAGGAAGAAAUCCGCCUUACAGUUGGUAGGUUAUACCUAGAUUUAAAGGUAUAGUCCAAGUACCGUAACCUUAUUGUAGUUGUUAUGGUGAAAGGGCCAUGUGUGCAGCGCCUCUUCUUUCCAUUAAACUUUUUACAGGAGAUUUGCAGAGGAUUCUCACUCAAAGCCCACAUCCUUAGCUUUGGAUGCCAUAUGAAGACAUUUCUUAACUGUGUGUCCAAAAUGUUUGGACAUGUAAGAAAGAAUCUACCAUGCCUACUAGCCAUCAAGCCUUUUAAUCUCUAGAACACACUACCUGCUAUAUGGGGGAUAACUCUUUCAGUUUUAGCAAAUAUUAUACUACACCCCUAACCAUGUAAUGUACAUCUCUGAAACAUUAUUAGACAAUGCCUUUCAGAUCUUAUAGAUAAAACAUGGUCUGCAAAUAAUGGUCUGAGGUCUUUCACGAGACAUUAAGUGUCAGCUAUCUGUAAAUUAACAGUGUACACAGGUCAGUGUGCACCAUAUGUAAUCACUAUACAUAGUAUGAGGUAGAGGCAGAAUGCAAUAUGUGAGCAGGAGGUCUCUUAGCUGUUAACCACUUAAUUAGUACAUAACAAGUCAAAUCCUUUCUAACCUUCCAUCCAUACAUCAAACAUCUAUGAGUCUUUAUUCUCAGAAUAUUAGAGAAGCAUGCAACAGAUGUUUGCUCCUCCUGACACCCUCAUGCACAGCUGUUCCAGCAAAGCAAUGUUCACCAUUUCUAAAACUGACAUUAGACAAGCAUUUUCUACUAUGUAUGUGUAAUAUUCUCUUAUCCAGGCAGAGUUCAUUAUUCUUUUCAUGUAAACACGUUGGAUGAAGCAGCACGGCUGGUAUGCCAAUACUAAUAACGUGCACAGAAAGACUUUGCUUGUGUUUCUGUCUGAUACCACAGCUGUCAGUAAUCCUGCAUUUCUCCACUUUAUAACAUGUAACCAAAGUAGUGUUAUAUUUUAGAGAUUUACACUUGUGCUUUUUGGAAAACGUAAAAAUGUUAAAAUAAGCUUCUCUAUUCAUAUUUUGCAAUAAUAUCGCUUCGUUUCUUUUAGACACAGCCGAAGCUUACAUUCAAGACACAGAGAAUGACUUGACACCUCCUCUAGAAUACUGUAUACGAACAAAGUAAGUACUUUACCAUGUGUAUGGAAUUAUGGCCUCAGUUCUCAUACUGGAACCUUUUUCACCUGAAUACAUUGAGGGGCUACUAAGAAAAUGUCACUCGGGACAAAAUUUAAAAAAUUGAACUAUCAGCAUGGAAACGAGUAGAAUGUCCCUCCUGUUCCCUCCUUCACAUUUGGAACUUUGCCUCAACCUACAGUUGUUGGUCAACUACAUUUCCUGUCAUACGGCCGUAGAAUGAUUAGACUAGGCUGGUGAUAUCGCAGGUUAAAUUACAUUAUUCACAUUAUUCCUCCUGGUUUCCUCCACACUUACGUGCAGUUCUGCUCACCCAAUAAGAUCCAUUCCAUGUAUCCUAGGAUGUUUGUGGGCCUGCAGUAGAUGCCCUUUUUAUGUAAGAUGGUGCAGAAGUAAAGGUUAAUGUUACAGGUAGCAACCAUGUUUCCUAGUAGACAACAGUAUUUGUUCUCUGGGCACUGUUACAAAAUAUAUUCAGAACUAGAAUCACUAUGGAGGAUGGCCAGUUGGGUGCAGUGAGUGGAAUGGAAACUGAGAUGAUCAUGAAAUAAUUGGACGGUCGUUUCCCCAAGUUAUGCAUCAGUCGCAUAUUUGACCCGCAUGUAAAUAUUUCUCAAAUAGUCACAAAAUCCACAUUCAGGAAAACAAGCCCAAUGUGCAGCUAAGGAGAUCCAGAUGUUGAAUAAAAGGCUAAGCAAGCACAAUGUCGGCCAUCGUAUGUCUGCCAAAAGAACAGAACAGUGAAAACAGCUGAUAUUUUUGCACUUUAAGCUUGUUGCAGGUGUUUUUUCAGUAGAGCAAUUUUGUAAUUCAUUUAAACGAUCCAUCUACACACAUUUAAGUAUUUUUAAAAUGUUUUAGAUUAGCUACAUUUUAGGUUUUGCUCAAUUUUUUCUUCCAAUUUAAUUAUUUUUAAAGUAUUGGAAUUAAAUGGUAUGGACUGGACUGUUCCCAACCAUCAAAACUUAGUUCUGUGUUAAAACCUUAAUUACUAUUUUUAUUUAUAAGGUGGCUACAUGAUCUGUACAGUGUAAUUAAUUAGCUGUCGUUAUCCUGAACUUGUUUCAUGAUUUGUUUUAAGACGGUAGGAUACAAUUAGCGUCCACCGAAGGGAGUGCCGGUUUUAUAAUCCUUUGAUAAGUAGUUAAAUAGAUACUCCAUGCACUACAUAUUCUUAUGUUACAAAGAUCUUCCAUGUCCUCCUGCAUUUUCUCUAUAAAAGCUGCAGUGAUCUGCAAUAGUGUUUGAUGUUGUGGUGGGACCUAUUCUUCUCCAUUGCCAUACAAGGUUUCCGGAUGGUCUUGGGCUAACAAAUAGGUAUCACAAACGACACCUCUACAAGUUGAGAAGUCUUUUAUCCAAGUUCUCUAAGCAGGGUAUUUUAUCUUCCUGGCCCAGUCUCUUUUUGGACUAUGUAUUACCUCCUCUAUGGUCCAGAGCAGGGAUAGUCGUACGUUGGCACUUCAGAUGUUGUAUUUCCCACAAUUCUCUUACAGCAAUAAUGCUGGCAAUGCUUCAAGGGAGAUGCAGUCCAUAACAUCUGGAGUGCCAAAGGUUGGCUACCCCUGGUUUAGAGUCAUUCCUUUUAUUUCUACCUGUUUUCCUACACAUAAAUCAUCCUAAACCCAGAUUAUUUUUCUCACCAUAUAAUUCUGUUUUUUUUAUUUUCUAUGGUUUUUUCAGUUAGCGAAUGUGUAUGUAGUGUUUAGUUUUACAAUAAAAUAUACCUAGUUAGCUAAAGCAUCUCUGCUUGUAAUCGAUUAAAUAGUAUAUAUUUUUUUUUUCCAAUUUGAAAUUUUAUUAUCAUAUAGACAAGGAAAUAGGGUACAGAAAGGAAGAGGGAACUUUCAGUAUGAACAUAAUGGGGUUGUACAAUUGUCAGUUGUGCAUUUAAUUUGACAUGUAACAUAAAACAAGGGGGGGUACAGAAAGGAAGGAGGGAGGGUUAACACAGCAUGUGCAUAAUCUAUUGUGCUCACGUACAGUAUUUACGUUGCUAUUUUAGUGUGUUAAGGGUUGUCGUGUGUGGAUGGAGCCCUCUGCAGUUAGGGCAUCCAUUUUUCUUUCCAUUUAUUUUGAUUUCUUUACCCUGUAGUGUCGUUGAGAUUCGUGGUCCCCUGUCUCUGGGGGGGUUGUUGUUGUUGUUCAGGGUGGUGUUGUUAUGUUAGAGCAUAGUUGUUUGUGGUAGGUAGGGAAGGGGGAGGACACGAGGCAUGAGGGGUGGUUAGAUGUACUGAUAGGGAAAGGGGGUAGUGGUGUUGGUGUUGGUACUGGGCAGGGGACUUCUGGUGGGUUCUAAUGCCUUGACUUCUGUGUUUUUGGGUUGUUCUGGUAUGUCUUGUUGGGAAGCUGGAGUGGGUGUGUAGGAUGCUUUAUUAAAACGCAUGUUGCCUGUUUUUCUUGUAGAUGGAAAGGAGCUACCAUCGACUGGAAUGGGAUUGAGCCCAUCCUUUAAACCACUGCAGCAAAUCAAAGUGUAAUGAAUUGAAUGAUUUUAAUGUGAACACUCAAUUAUGAAGUUUUUUGAGGACAUUUACUGCGCGAGGAACAAGAGUUCACAUGACGAUCCCUUGGAGGGCUUGCAGUCAUGUUAUGUCUGUGUUUAUUAUGUAAAUGUACGCUUUGUGAUCAAAACAUUUUAUGUUAUUUGUUCAAAAAUGAGCUUUAAAGGGAAAUAUGCCUGAUAAACAUGUUUAGCCUGUAUUAUCUCAUUUCUUAUAUGUCCUAUCGAUAUUCAAAUUGAAGCUAACAUGUUAUCAAUAAAAAAGCCUUUUAUUGGCCUUUUUUUUUUGGCUGUCACUUGAGGGUCUUUAUAUAUUUUGCCAAAGAACCCCCAUUCCCAAAUAUGUGUGCAUCAGUUGAAGGGUGAAGCUGAAGGUAGAUGUACUUACCUGAAGCUCUCCCUGAAAGGCACUGCCUUGUUUCAUUCAGCCUGUGUCAUUGCUGUACUCCCAUGCAUGGUUUGUGGACAAUCCUGCAAGCCACAGGACCCUCAUGAAACCAACUUGUGCAAUUAUCAAGUAGGUGCCUUCUUCCCACAGCUGUUGCUUUGAGAACUGACAAACGUUGAUGGUGGAAGCUCUGCCUUGAGUGAAUCUAGACUUUGUUCAAUUAGACAGAGUAGUCCUUACUUUGUCUCCUGAUAUAUUUGAUUGCAAUUGGAAUUUUAAUGAAACGGUGAUACAGCUGCCUUAAUAGUGCUUGUCUAUGACACUGUGACUAUCAAACUUUUACACACAAUAACCUGCCAAUCUAUAUUUGCCCUAAACAACGGUACUGCAGCAGUCGUAAUAAGGAGAGUGCUAUGUAUCAUUUAUAAUAAAAAAAGUAAAAUUUUGCUUUGCAUGUAAGUAGCUCAUUUUCUUUAUCAGUGGACAUGAAUGCCAUCAGCUACUGCUGUUGGCUACUACAAUACCUAUUUUAUUUUAGAAAUCAAUGGUAAUAAAUAGGAGAGGAUUUACACUGAUGCUUUUCAAAGCAGGUCACACCUCCCCAGUGCCACCACACCAUCUCUCUACAUUCCUGUAAAGAUGAGCAGGAGAACCGAAUGGAGGAGUGUUUUCCUCUCUUUUGCUAGUUAGUCCUCCGCAUACACACAGUGAUAGAGAUGUAAGAGGACGGUAUAUACGUUACACUGCUUUUGUUUUAAAAAUGUGUAUAUUUGCUAGCGCAAGGUUUAGAUUCAAUAUUUUGCUUUGUCACUUGGUUAUUACCUAAGCAUGAUAUGAUAGGUGCACUUAAAGACAAAGUCAAACCACAUAAAGGAAAAAAUAGCAUGCAAUAGUGUAAUAAUUUAAAAUCAUGGCGGGCACCUUUAAUGUAUGUAACUCAUUAGAGAGAUAAUGAUAGUAGGUCUCAUUGAACAACUUGGGGUUAUUGGACAUGCUCUUGGUUAUAGUACUAUAGUUCCUUGCUAUAAAUGUAUCCUAGAAUAGGUUGUAUAAAGACAAAGUAUAUAUAGUAUAAACCUAUUUAAAAUGUUUUACAGGAUAAAACGUGUAGAUACACUCACAAAUUAAAACGUUCACAAAAACUGUUCUAAACAUGCUUUUGUAUGACUAAAUCAUAGCACAAAUGCAACCAGAUGCCUCAUCCAACGCAUUUCAU